AUGGGAGGAAAUGCAAGUUCCAUUGCCCCAGAGAAACCCCACUGGUGUAGCAUUGGAUGAUGAUGAUGAUGAUAGAUUCAGGUAGGUAGCCGUGUUGUGUCUGACGCAGUUGAAAUAAUUUUUUUUUUAAAAAAAUUGUCCAGUAGCACCUUGUUGUUUAGUCGUGUCUGACUCUUUGUGACCCCAUGGACCAGAGCACGCCAGGCACUCCUGUCUUCCACUGCCUCCCGCAGCUUGGUCAAACUCAUGCUUCAAGAACACCAUCCAACCAUCUCGUCCUCUGUCGUCCCCUUCUCCUUGUGCCCUCCAUCUUUCCCAACAUCAGGGUUAGAGACCAAGUAAGUUUGUUCUGGGUAUAUGCUUUCGUAUAAGCUUGGGUAUAAGCUUUGUUAUCUGAAGAAGUGUGCAUGCACACGAAAGCUUAUACCCAGAAUAAUAAUAAUUUAUUAUUUAUACCCUGCCCAUCUGGCUGGGUUUCCCCAGCCAACUACAGUGAUACCUCGGGUUACAUACGCUUCAGGUUACAUACACUUCAGGUUACAGACUCCGCUAACCCAGAAAUAGUACCUUGGGUUAAGAACUUUGCUUCAGGAUGAGAACAGAAAUUGUGCUCCGGCGGUGUGGCAGCAGCAGGAGGCCCUAUUAGUUAAAGUGGUGCUUCAGGUUAAGAACAGUUUCAGGUUAAGAGUGGACCUCCGGAACGAAUUAAGUACUUAACCUGAGGUACCACUGAAAUGGGAUGGAUCCAACUAAUGCCGUUUGCUAGGGCUCCUGCUCCUCAUGAGAAGAGAAGACUCCCUGGAAAAGACCCUGAUGUUGGGAAAGAUGGAGGGCACAAGGAGAAGGGGACGACAGAGGACGAGAUGGUUGGACAGUGUUCUCGAAGCUACCAGCAUGAGUUUGACCAAACUGCGAGAGGCAGUGGAAGACAGGAGUGCCUGGCGUGCUCUGGUCCAUGGGGUCACGAAGAGUCGGACACGACUAAACAACAAGAAGGUCUCCUGCUAGCAGAAUGGGACUUUCCCUUUCUCUCCUCCCCCAAAACCAAUGGAGGGAAAAACCCCAGAACAGCAUGCAGAGGGAAUGCGGUUUAUUAUUUUCCUGUCACCACAAGGCUCUACAUGUGAAUCCUGAUGCUCGAGGCGGCCGCCUCACCCUGCCUGUCUUAAACUCGGCAAUCUAUUUCGCACAGCUGCCUUGACUCGGCUUGUUCUUACACCCCACCCCACCCAAAUCCCACCACCCCGCCGCGUGCUGCCCUGGACACUUCCUAGCAGCGUCGUCGCGCGUCCUUCUGCCUCCUUCCAACAACCAGCCCGCCCCCACCCGGCUACCACGGCAACGUGUGCCGUGUGGCCUAUGGGAGAGCGAGACGGCGUGGAGUGACCGGGGCGUAGGGCGGGCCUUGUGUCAAGAGUUGUUCCCACAAGCGCGCAUGCUCCGCCCGCCCGCCCGCCUUCCUGUCCAUCAUUCCGGGCGUUGCCUCGGUGGCAGAGCGAGGAGAGAGGGGCGGGGCCACGCCGGACUCUCCCGUCUAAACCGAGCGGGAAAUUUCCCCUCUUAUCAUCCUUAGGAGAAGGGGCUCUCGGGGGGUGGGGUGGGGGGAGGUUUGGAGGGAAACCCCUCCCUUUCCCCUCCUCGUGUCGUGAUUCAGAGAGAAAAGCUAUUGUCACAAGCAACCGCUGUCCUUUGGCGCUACUUCCGUCCACGGUUGAGCUGCUUUCACCUAACUUGUGUCUGCUAAUAAUUUAGGAUUUUUAAAAAUAUCAUCGUCAUCGUGUUGCUCCCGGAUACAGCGACGCUACUCUGCGCACGUAAAGAAUCCUAUGGGAGGGAGAAUUUUUUUGGUGCUGGUGUGGUUCAUUUUUCAGUCUGAGCCUCACUGUUGUUGUUGUUGUUGUUGUUGUUGUUAAUAAUACCCCGCCCAUCUGGCUGGGUUUCCCCAGCCACUCUGGGCAGCUUCCAACAAAAUAUUAAAAAUACAAUAAAACAUCAGACUUUAAAAACUUCCCUAAACAGGGCUGCCUUCAGAUGUCUUCUAAAAUCAGAGAGUUUAUUUCCUUGACAUCUGAUGGGAGGGUGUUCUACAGGGCAGGUGCCACAGCCGAGAAGGCCUGCCUGGUUCCCUGUAACUUCGCUUCUCGCAGAAGGCCCUCGGAGCUGGACCUCACUGUCCAGGCUGAAUGAUAGGGUUGGAGACACCCCUUCAGGUAUACUGGGCUGAGACUGUUUAGGGCUUUAAAGGUCAGCACCAACACUUUCAAUUGUGCUCGGAAACAUACUAGGAGCCAAUGUAGGUCUUUCAAGACCAGUGUUAUGUGGUCUCGGCGGCUGCUCCCAGUCACCAGUCUAGCUGGAUCUAAUCAUUCUGGAUUAGAUGGAGUUUCUGGGUCACCUUCAAAGGUAGCCCCACGUAGAGCGCAUUGCAGUAGUCCAAGUGGGAGAUAACUACUGUAGCCUUUUCCUUCUUGCUGCUGGAUUUUGGGAGCUUGGUUGGGGGUGGGGAGUGGGCUUCCCCUGCUUUCUACAUGCAAGCAUUUUCAGAGAGCCCAUUUUGGAGUGAUCAGAGGAGAAAUGAUCACUGGGAGGAAUGCAGAGAGAAGACACACCAUAAUGCACAUGUAGCAGCAAAACCAGAUGCCUUCAUCCCCCGCCCCACCUGCAAUAAAACAUGUCUCUUCUGUAUUGGUCUCUACAGCCACAGCAGGUGCUGUAACUGCCUCCCCCCCAGCACACUAUUCCAUUGUGCCCUGAGACAGAUAGAUUGCAGCAACAAUAACAAGAAGAAAGCAAAGAAACAGAAAAUUCAGCUUCACAUCUCUAAAAUAUAAGGAAUGCACCCCCAAACAGAAGAUGCUAACAAUAUAGUUUCAGUAAUUAUUAGGUGAACGUGGUCAGGGGCAUUUUCCGUGUGGGAUAUAAAAGGGUGUUGGGUACUAAGUGCUGCUUGUUUUGCAAUUUGUUGUGGUCCUAAAGUUUCACAAAUAGGAUCCUAGAUGGAUCUUUUUCCAUAAGUAAGUGCUCUCCUAUUCUACUGUAUCACAUUAUUUGUUAUUGUGGAGCGAGUUUAUUCUUUCCAGUGUGCUCCCAGCUGUGUCUUAGCAACAGAUAGGAAGUGAGAAAAAGACUUAACGUAAUAUAAUUUGUUCUAGUUUUGGACAAAUGUCCAAGAGUUCUAUUCCAGGGUGCAUUGUUAGAAGCUGGCCAGUAAAUAUGUGUUAAAACUCUAAUACUGACAAAGCCAUCACGUGUGGAUAAGAUAACUUGUCUCACUUGCCAAAGAGCAAGCAUAACUUUUUGGUUGUAAGCAGCACAGGAUGCUAUCUGAUAGUCUUAAAAACAACUUCUGAAUUUUGGUCCUUAUUUGUUUAUUUGAUCUUGAAGAUGAUUUAGUUUCUUCUUGCAUGUGACCAUCUUUCUGCCUAUAACUUCUCCUUAACACACCAUGAUACCUAAUAAGUAACUAUAUUUCCAAUCAGUAAGUUAUAAAUAGUGGGACUUAUGCUUGCCUUAUGGUCACAUGUGGUAUGCCACACUGGUGUGGCAGGAGAAGAUUGCAAGUGUGGCAAGAAGAUUCAAGGACAAUCAAAGAAACAUUUAAACAUUUUAGUGUACAUUUAAACAUUUUAGUGUACAGUGGUACUUCGGGUUACAGACGCUUCAGGUUACGUGUUUUCGGAUUGCGCACCGUGCCAAACCUGGAAGUACUGGAACAGGUUACUUCCGGGUUUUGGUGCUCGUGCAUGUGCAGAAGUACUAAAUUGUGCUUUGCGCAUGCGCAGAAGCGCUGAAUUGCAACCCGUGCUUGCGCAGACGUGGUGCUGUGGGUUGCGAACGCUGUGGGUUGCAAACAUGCCUCCCACAUGGAUCACGUUCGCAAACCGAUGUUCUACUGUAUAGUAUAGUAUCAAAAUAACUUUUUAUUUGCAGAAUAUGGAUAGAUAUAUUUUCAAAAUGCAGCACUGCUAGGACUUUUGGCUUUUUUGUCUUCCAUUGUAUUUCGUAUCAAUAAAAAAAAUGGUGUGGCAUGAGCAAAUUUUUAUUCUGGAAGUGUAGUUUGAAAACCACUGCCUUACAGAAUGACAUGCGGCAAGUAAUUUGCUCAAAAUCAGGAAUAAUAUGUAACUGGAUUAAAAACACGGUCCAUACAGACAGAACUUAAAUCCACUGGAAGCAAUUAGCUGCAUCUGAUUUAGCCUCGAGCAGUUCAGAGGGAAUACAUUGACUUUUGCCUGGUAUGUCUAUAAUACGAAAAGUCCUUCUGUUCCUCAAAUGGGUAAAACAAGAAGCUAUCCUCCUGUUUUAGCUCUGGGUGGUCAAUAGUAGAAGGAAGGGGGAAUACCUGAACAACUUGCUUCUUAGGCACCAUCUGCAUUACAGAGUUUCUGGGUCAACUGCAAGGGAAGCCCCACAUAGACAACAUUGCAGUAAUCCAGUAUUGAAGUAUUUGCUGGCCUUGAUGCAUUUUAUCUUUGUCCCACUACAUUUGGAUCUCCACUUUAUUCACAUUGGGCAGAAAUCCAGGAUCACCACGGCUCUGUUCCGAUUCACGCACACACUGUGAUUAAAAGUAACGCUCGCUCCUUUCAAGGCAGAAGCGAAGCGCUUCGGUCGAAGGGAGCGGCGGAAGGAACGCGAAGAUGCCUUCACGGACGAGACUACAAAUCCCAGAGGGCUUUGCGGAACGGGCGUAGACGAGACGCCGCGCGGCCACGUACAGUCGCGGAGUAACACAGGACCCCGACGUCCCUUCGGGGGCUGCUGAACUACAAAUCCCAGCUGCCCACGCGCUUGCCGGGCUGGCUCCGGCUCUAGCUGGCGGCUGCUUCUGAGGAGGCUGGUUCCUAUUUUAAAUCCAGUCAAGAGAUCAAAAUGGCGGACGCGAGCUGAGCGUGAGGCGGGGAGGAGAGAGCGAGAGCGAGAGCGAGAGGGGGGCGCUGGGCAGAAGGCAACGCUCGGCUCUCCUUCUCCUUCUCCUUUUUCUCUCCGCCCCCCUCCCCUCACAAAUCCUCCGGUGAGUUGCGUUCAGACGUGGGGCGAAACAACUGCCGCAUAUGCCGGCGAGGGUGAAACGGGUGAGGAGGGACGCCUGCUUUUCUCCCCCUUUUCCAUUCCCCGCCUCGGGAGACCGGCCAGCCGAGGGGGCAGCCCUCUCUCUCGGGCGCCUCUUCCACAGGGGGGCGUCGUGGGGCUCGGGUGGCGGUUGAGAGAGAGCGAGCGAGCGAGCGGAGAGGAGGAAAGUGCAAGAAGAGGUUAUUAUUAUCAUUGCCUCGGGGCGCUGCGUUUCUGCGGGUCUCUUCUUCGCGCGUCUCCUCAUCUUCACAGGACUUUUAAGGUGCCCGGAGGGAAGAGAAGUGGGGACUUUGAGAAGGCGGCUUUGCCUGGUUUGUUGGUGGGGGGUGGGGUGGGAUUUGAUUCCCCCUCGGCGUGCGUCGCGAGGGAGGGAACUUGUUUCCCUUUUCACGUGUAUUUCGCCUUGCCCGCCUUUCCACGGGCACUCGGGAGCAGACGCGUUUUGGAGGGACCCCAACCAAACCCGUGCGGUGGUUUCUGCUCCUCCCUUGCUCAAGAGCUGUUGCUGUCGAGUCUGGGUGGGAAAGGAAGGCGAGGGGCGGGGGCAGCGAGUUAACUUCAGGUAAAUUUGGGGACCGGUGGGUGGGGGAAACUCGCCGCCAGCAUCGCCACCCUCCCUCCCUCUUUCGCCUGCCGGCUUGGUAAGUUUCAAGCGGGUAAGUCUCCUGCUUCGUUAACACGAGGGCGAGCGGGAGACGCUCUUGUGCUUUGGUCGGGACCCGGGUGAGAGGAUGGAUGCCUGGUGUCUGCCUCUGUUGGCCGUUCGUGGUGCGUCUCUCAGCCAUGGCGAGGUGGCUCUUUUCUUUUCUUUUCUUUCUUUUUUUGGAAGCGAGAAGCAGCAGCAGCUUCCGUCUUCCUGCCUGUUACCAACUGGCUGGGUAGGAAGGGCAGAGCGCUUGGGAUAACUGCCCGACGCUGAAGCAACCCAGCGAUUUAUUUAUUUGUUUUAAAGUUUUGCCUCGCUGUCCUGUGCAAGGUGCUGCUGCUGCCUUGGCUGCGGUUCCUGUGUUGUGUCUCUUUGCUUUGCCAAGUUGCUUGGGGGGGGGGGGGAAGACAUUUGCUUCCUAGCCCCCUUUUCUUGUAGCGCAGCUUAAUCGUGUUGUUUUAAAGGAUAGGGUUGCUCUUCGAGAUACUUUGCCUCUGACUUCAAAUGAUUAAAGCAUGAAGAACAUGUAAAUAUAACAGGUAUCUACUGUAUGACGAGCUCCGUUAAAUAUUGGCACUCCUGAUAAUAACAAUGAAGAAAAAUUGGACGAGCCUAGUCUUUCAUAUAUGGGAGAGUGUAUUGUGCCCACUGUCCAGCACACAGACUUAGCGUGUGGCCGGUUUGAGCACUUUAAAUGGUAAAAGCACCCAGCAAAACCACCCUUAAUGGUUGUUGGAGAUGGGGAGGCAUAUCUUCCCAAAGUAUUUUGGCUAUAGGAUUUGGGAUUCUGAAUGUUUAAUGCUUAAAUAUGGUCCUUUAUUUUAAAAGAUGUCUUUUUGCGUUGUCUCUUUUUGAAAUGUUGUUAUGUCACGUUAUGUUUUCUGGUCAAAAUAAAGAAGUUGCAUGCAAAUAAUAACUAUAACGAGGUAAUAUACUGGUGAGUGUGGUGAUGUAGAGGGAGCCAUGGUUUUGAACACACAAAUGCUCAGUCUGCAUUAGAACAAGCUGUUAAAUUGCUGUUUCAAGCUAGAUUUGGUUUUUAAGUUUUUAAAAUAUUUAAUAUCUGUUUAAGUCUUAUAAAUUAAUUAAAGCUAUUUUGUAUGCCUUUAACUGGGAAGUUGUCGUUGUAAUGUAAUUUGUGUUCUGUGUGCAGUUGCUUAUCAGAUAUGCACCAAAUAGCUGAGCCAAAAUGCAGACGAGAAGGGGAAAGCCCCUGAUCACAAUAGAAUAAAAAGGAACAGUAUUCUUAGGUUGUACAGAGCUUAAUAACACAGAUGGUGUAUAAAAUGGGAACAAAAAAAGCCUGACUUUUUGUAAAUAUUGGAGGGGAAACCCAAAAUACACUCACUGAGACACUCGAGGAAAGGAAGGCAUUGAACUCUAUGUCUAAAAUGAUAUUGGACACUAGUCUGACAUUGGAGGUUGCUUCAGGUCUUGCAUAUAAAUGAGCAAUAUGAGCAGUAAUCGAAUAUCUUAUUUUUGCAUUGUGUUCACAUAGCGCUUGACAUGCUGCUAUGAUUAUUCUGAAUAUAAAAAGAGAAAAUACUAUCUUUAGCAUGCCAAAUACUAUUUCAUUCUAGAGUUUGUAAUUUUAAGAAUGAGUGAACAUUUUUUUUGGCAUUGAGACAGUUGCUUACAAGUGACAGCUACCUAUGAACCUCUCAGAUUGUAUUAUUAUGCAUUGCGAGAUGUUCAGCUAGAAUUUUUAACUGCAAAAAAUGGGUGUGUGCACAAAAUGGCUUUUAAAUUUUUUAUCAAGUAGGAGAAAUAACUAAUAACUAUAUGUUCUUAGUAUGAAAUGUAAGAGCUUUCCCAAUAAUUGAGAAAUAUGGCACAAGUAAAAUAGUAGUAAUCUGUACAGUCAAACAAAAAAAAAUUGAAUGCAUUAGUCUAAAUCAGAAUUUAAAGAUUUAUUCAGGGAUAAAAUGUUAGAAAAUGAAUUGCCAAUAGUAUGUUAAAGUGUGUAAUCUUUAAUAAUACAUUAAAAACCUCUAAUGUGUGUAAUCAAGGCUACAUUAAAGGUAAAGGUACCCCUGCCCGUACGGGCCAGUCUUGCCAGACUCUAGGGUUGUGCGCUCAUCUUUAUAGGCCGGGAGCCAGCACUGUCCGCAGACACUUCCGGGUCACGUGGCCACAUUAUCUAUACUUAAAAGGUUAAGGGACCCCUGACCAUUAGGUCUAGUCAUGGCUGACUCAGGUUGCGGCGCUCAUCUCAUUGGCUGAGGGAGCCGGCGUUCACCUUCCGGGUCAUGUGGCCAGCAUGACUAAGCUGCUACUGGCGAACCAGAGCAGCACACGGAAACGCCAUUUUCCUUCCCGCUGGAGCGGUACCUAUUUAUCUACUUGCACUUUGAGGUGCUUUCAAACUGCUAGGUUGGCAGGAGCAGGGACCGAACAACGGGAGCUCACCCCAUCGCGGGGAUUCGAACCGCCGACCUUCUGAUCGGCAAGUCCUAGGCUCUGUGGUUAAACCCACAGCGCCACCCACGUGGGAGUAAUUUCCACUAAACUUAUUGGGACAUCUAAGAAAACAAGUAUAGGAUUGGGCUGUAUGGCUAUUGGUGUAAGCAAGAGGAGUGAGUGAUGGAGGUCCCUUUUUAGGAAGUCCAGGUGCUCAGAAGCUGACUAAAGCCCUCUCUUUAGGAAACACUACAUUUGCUGUUAAGAUUCAGGUAGAUAGCCGUGUUGGUCUGACGCAGUCGAAAUAUAUAAAAAAAUUGUCCAGUAGCACCUUAGAGACCAACUAAGUUUGUUCUUGGUAUAAGCUUUUGUGUGCAUGCACACAAGUGUAUCUGAAGAAGUGUGCAUGCACACAAAAGCUUAUACCAAGAACAAACUUAGUUGGACUCUAAGGUGCUGCUGGACAAUUUUUUUAUAUAUUUGCUGGUAAGUCAGCAAUCCAAAGAAGACUCUAUGAUAGUCUUAAUAUUCUUCCUUUUAAUUGAUGCUCAGCUAGAUAAUUUAGUGUGGUUGAAGUGCAUUUCAAAAGAUUUUGAAGGAUCUCAGAAACUUGAGGAUCAAUCUCUCAAGGCUGGAGCGGGCAACUGGAUGCCUGCAAGCUAUAGAAAAUUCCAGUGUGUAGAAUAGAUGAUCAAAUGACUUGCUGCCCCAACAUUUGGUACAACCAUUUCAUCAGUGCCAAUCACUCCCAUCCCAGUUCUAAAUCUUGGUUAUCGUCAUCACCAUCAAUUAAAUUGGUAUACCAUCCUUCAUACAAUUCACAAGAGUUCACAAGAUGAAAGCACAACAUAUAUACGUAUUAUAUAUUUUUUAAUCCCCUCCCCCACCUCCUCCUACAAACGCUGCUGUUUUAAUGAGGAGACAUAGUCAGUCAAAGCUUUCUUAAAUCAUUUUGGAAUUAAUCUGACAGCUAUAUAAUGAAGGAUUCAUUCACUUGCAGAAACUGCAUUGUCCCAAACUGAAUUGCACUUCACCUUAAAAUAUAUACUGUAUGUAGUGUAAUCCUGUGCAUAUUUAUUUGGAAUUAAGUUCCACUGUGUUCAAUGGAAUUUACUUCCAUGUAAGUCGGUAUAGGGCUACAAAUUGAGUUGUGCUUACAUUCUGAACCCCCCCCCCACCCCGAAAAGAAAACAACCAAGCACACCCAGAGAAGUACACAUUAUCCUAGGACAAAUUAUGAUUGGACACAUGACAAAGCCAUUUCGAUCCAGUUGCUCCUAUAUUGCAACUUGUUUAUUUUGUAAACCUAGAAUUGGUCAGCUUGUUUUGCUGCAAUGUGUAAGUUGUAGUCUGUUUUCAACCUUUCACUGUUGAAGAACUACACUGAAAAGCUUCAUAAAACUUAUUUCUUAAAGCAGAUGGUGUGAAGGGGGUGAUGCCAUUAAUCUUAAGUAAAUGAAUAUGAAUUCAACUAUCUGAUAACAUUAAUAACUUCCAAAUUUAACUUGGUAGGAGGUAAAUAAUAUUUCAGGCAAGCAUGUGUAUAAUGGAUGCGACCAGGAAUGCUAUUUUAAAUUGUGUAAUCAUGCAACUUGCUUCCGUUCUUCUCUCCAGCUCUUCCUUGUUUUCUCAGUCUUUUGAUUACACUCGAAUCACUGAAAGCUUUUUGAUAGAACUAGAAGUUUUGGAAAAGCUGGGUCAUUAAGUUUUAAGAAAGCAACAAGGAUAGUAAGUAACUCAUGGAGAACCUAUUGCCAAAAGCUGUAGUAAAGAACAUCUUGAAAUAUGACUAAUCAGGCGCACUUAAUAUGCAUGCCUGAGUGUCUACACCAUUAGAAAUGGAAACAAAAAUACAUUUCUGAUGCUAAGUUUAAUGUCUUCUGCCAUAUGGUCUUGUUAUAUGAGAGACCUUAAGACUUUUACUUAACUUUAAGAUAAAAUUCCUUCUAAAAAUACAGUAACCUUGUAAUAUAGAAAGAAUUGUGCUUAAUACUAGUGUUGGUAUGGUCUCAUCAAUCCAAAGAUCGAGGCAACAGGCAUUUGAAAACUUUUUAAGUGUUCAGAAAUUUGUUGCAGGACACAUAGUGAUGCAGAAAUCUUUUUAACCAGCUUAAGUUUUUAUGUCACCCAUGAAUGAUCUUGGAUGGGCAUAGUAUAGUUGCAAUGACCAAUGCACUGGUAGUGUCUUGUUUAGACUACUGUAAUGUGUUGUCUGCCCUUGACAACAGUCUGGAAACUACUUUAAAAUGUGGCUGUUAGGAUCUUAACCAGUCUUGUUGGGAGCAUAUCUUUCUAGUUUUGAAAGAGAUUUGUUGGCUAACAGUUAAUUCCUGAGCCCAAUCCAAGGCAUUGUUUUUGAAUUUUAAAGCUGGACAUAGCUUAGGACUUCACUGCUCCUGUUCAGACUGCACAGCAAAAGCAAUUUGGUUCUUGAAGUUCAUUCUGAUUGGGCAGAUAAAAUGUAACUGAUAGAAUUUGACAGGAAGUGGUAUUAGUGUGUGAAAACAGUCAAGAUCCAAUGAUCCCCAGGCAUGUACCUCCAGAUGGUGGAGAUGUCAGGCACCAUCCUAGUGCCCAGGCAUGUUCACUUGUUUGCAAGUAGCUGAUAGCCAGGUGCAAAAUGCUCCUGGUUAGUUUCAAUCACUGGUUGGAGGCAUGCUGCCUUCCCUUUCCCUGUAGCUCCAAGUUUGUGCUCAUCUUGCUUGCCAGAGCCUGGUGCCCCUCUCACUGUCGUGAAGGGCGGUUAGCAAGGUUAUUGAAGCCUUAUGUUAAGGAACACCUUCUCCCAAGUUGAUGUUGAUGUCUACUAAGGCACUUCUGUGGGUGUUCUGCUGUUGGACAAAAAGCAAGCAGUGAGCAGGAAGAGAGGGCCUUUCCAUUUGUGCCACCCUAGAUAUUAAACUUCAUCCCCAAGUAUCGCAUUUGGCACCUACUCUGUUAUGUUAUUUUCUUUUAAAAACAAAACCUGGCAAAGCCACUUCUGUUCUCCCAAGCUUUUUAACUAUUUAUCAGUUUUACUUACUUAUUUUUACUCUGUUGCUUGAAGUACUUCUGCUGUUUUGUGUGAGCUUUCUUUUUUAUUGUUUAUGAAAUUCUGUUGUGACCUUUCCUGAAAUAUAUAUUGUGAAAUUUAUGAGUGUGCUUAGAAUAGUUUUAGCAAGAUCUAAUUCUUCCCAAAACUACAAUUCAGAGUUUUCUUUGUAGCAAAGCAUUACCAGUUAACUGAUUUAAAUUAAGUGCUAUCAAAGUGUCUAGUGGAUGCCCAGCAUAAAAGGUAGAAUCAUUACCCAAUUUUUGCUUGGAUAGUUCAGAGUCUGUUAAACAGUGCUGGUUAGGUUUCCCAUUUUAUGGAUGAAUAAAAUUUAUAGCAUGAACCUUGAAAUGACAUGUUUCAGGGAUGGGAAACCUUUUUGGCUCCACGAAUCAGAUACUUAUCAGGAUCUGCCUUAUGGGCCAAAUUGGACAAGUGUACAGGGCCUCCCACCUGUCAAAAUCCCUUCUGUGACACUUUGCAAAACACUUGAUUGGAAGCCGCCCAGAGUGGCUGGGGAAACUCAGCCAGAUAGGCGGGGUAUAAAUAAUAAACUAUUAUUAUUAUUAUUAAUAAUAAUAAUAAUAAUAAUAAUAAUUAACAACAACCCUGUUUUCUGCUUGGAAACAUGGCAGCACAGCCAAUGUAAGAUUAAACCCUGGCCUCCCCACCAUCAGCUGAUGUGUCGGCAGGCAUACCGUAGUUUGGGGAAAACAGCCUGGGCUGAGGUUGCUCACUACUGUACUGUAUUAGAUUAACAGCUAUUCAUUAUGAUAUCUAUAUGGAACCUCUGUUGUUAGAGUUGUUGAGCUCUGCAAUGGGCUUCCAAGCCCUGUUUGUGGACUUUCCAGAGUCAUCUGAUUGGCCACUGGCCUAGUUGGUCCUUUUUAUCUGAAUUAGAAGGGUUUCUCUUUACACCGCAUACCAGGUCUGGGGAAGCUUUGGUCCUUCAGAUGCUGGUGAAUUACAGUUCCUAUCAUUCCUAAGCAUUGACCAUGCUUGCUGGGGAUGAUAGGAGUUGUAAUUCUGGAGCAUUUGAAGUGCCAAAUGUCCCCUGUACCUGCCAUCUGUAGUUUUCUUAAGAAAUAAGUCUGAUUAUGUUCAGUGAGCCCUAAUUCUAGGUAAAUGUGGAUAGGAUUGUAGCCUAGUUGUUCUUUAUUUGGCUUCCUUAUACACCCAUGCUUAAGAAAAAAAAAACCCAACUGUUUAAUAAUAGCACAAUAAAACAUUUAGUUCUUGGCCUUUUCCAUUCUCCCAGUAGUAGUCUUUAAAAAGCUAUUCUGAUUAGCAGCUUAAAAUAGGUUUACUAUAUUAGGCAAUGUUGCGGCUAUGUAGAAGAGUAUGCAAGUAACACAUUGGGUGUUAUAUCAGGGAAAUGUAACCUAAUGCAGGGUUAAUACAAAAUAUUUUAAACAUUUUCUGGUAAAUACUAGACUUCCAUUUCUGAAAUGCAUGCUCACUUUAUCAGAAUCUGAGACGCUAUAUAUCUAAAAGUUAUAAGGCAUUGCAGUGUGCCUCCUUUGCUUCUGGAAUUUGCUCAUUGUGCUUCAGGUUAUCUGGCAACAGUGCAUUGCAGUUAAAUACAGUGUAGGAUUUUUAAAAAACUAAAUUUAAAACAAAUUACAGUCUACAUUUCUAACUUUAUAUUUUCCAUUUUUAAUGUAUAUUGGAAAGCAACAAAAUGAAGGGAAACGGAUGGAGAAGAGGAAUAAGGGAUGUUGUGCAAACAGAUUAGAUUCUGCAGGGCAGGUGACUAAAUCAGAGUUUGAGUAUUUAAGGUAAAAGAUGGAGAUGUGACUUGAGCGUCAUUGCUCAGGUGACUCAGAAUUCAUACCAUAACAGUUUAAAAAGAGCACACACCUAUCUUUCCUUUGGCUUGCUGAAAUUGAUGACUGAUUUUAAUAACAGCAUGGUCUCAGAUAACAGUUUUGCCGAAAUAAUUGUGGAAAUCCAGUGGUGUGAUACAAAUGCUUAUUACUCAUGGAUAAAAUGGCCAGAUGAAAAACAGGCCAAGGUGAGGCCAAGGCUCUCACGUUAUCACACUGCAUGUGUUAAUUGGCUCACUAAUACCAGAAUUCCUGUAGUAUUGACAACUGUUUUGUGAGUGACCACAAUUAAUUAUAAAUUAUCACUAUAUUUUCCUGCAUUUCUUUUUCCUCUAGUAGCACUCCUCAACCUCACCACUCAAAAAACCUCAUGCAAUUCAGUAUAAUACUACAGUGUUACCUGAUGAGGUGUAGUCCAUGAAAACCUUUGCCAUAAUAAAUUUAUUAGGAUCACAUCCAGUGAUAUCUAUUUGCGAGUGGAGUGAAUGUCUGCUUAAACAACAGAGGUCUUUGCCUUUCGCUCCUUGCCCUUGCAACCCCAAUACACUUCCCUAACUCUGAAGGGUUAGGCCAGGGAACUUUCCACAGCACAUUUGAGGAGGGCCUGGUGGCGGGGAAGUAGAAUAAUGAUAACUUAGAAGAAGUCCCUUUGCUCAAAUGAAAGUUUGCUCACAUGACCUUGGAUGUUGCCCUAUGUCUUAAAGAUUCCAUGAAACUCUUCACUGUUUUUAACUUGUGUAGAAGAGGAAAUGCCAGCAGGUAUAACUCAUCUUUCAAGCUAUAUCUGAUGAAAAUCCCUCUUGUACAGAAAGUUACGGGAGCCUCCUCUUCUUUUUCAAUUGGGAUCCUGCAGUAGGCUGAAACAAGGUUUGGUAGGUUCUUGUGAGACUUGAGUAGUUAAUUUUCAUCAUGUGAAUUUUCAUCAAUGCUUGUGUUUGUAGGUAGCAUUUAAAUUUCCAUAUUUGAGAGGUGGUCAGAUUAGUUUUUCAUUUGGAUGGAAACACCUUUAGCUCAGAUGUAUCUGACAGAGACAUUGAUUCACUUAGGAAUUAACAGUAGGGCUAAUUUGCUUAUAUCCAGAUUAUUUAAUAUUAAACUAGUUAUUCUUUAACAACCUUUAUUAUCACAAUUUUUCAAAUAAAUAUGAUCUGAUUGUUUUUCUUUUUGUUUAAAAAAUUGUAAGCUUUUAUGCACCAUCCCAAAGACAUGUGGGCUUGAAUGACAAAGAGUUUGAAUCGUAUUUCUAUGAUGUAUAGGAUUAUAUCCAACGCUGCUGUUCAUUCAGCUCAGGCAGUAGACUUCUUGCAGAAUGGAACUUGCCCUGCUCUUCCUUGCAGUUCCUUGUGCACCCUCAAAAUUUGCUUUAGGGACCUGGGGGACCCCUGGCAAAUAUUUGGGUGAGCAGGGGGAGAGGACGGGAAAGGAAAGAGAAAUCCUGUUGUGCAAGUUCAGCUCUGCUAACACAGACAGUGUUGGAUACAACCCAUAGACUACUUAGUUAGAAGGCUAUAUGUUUUAAUUAGAGAAGCAACUGGAUUAAAUUUUAAUUGAAUCAUCACUUUUUUAGCUGAGAGUUUUAAUCAAAUAAAUCUGCAUGUGCUUAAAACUAAGUUCCAGAGAAAAUUAUGUUUUUUUGUACAUAAAGAGUAUACAUAUACUAUCAAGUUACUACAUAUGGUAAUACAGUCUUCAUAUACUGUGAAAUGAUUGUCAAGGCAGAUUUAAGGAAUAAUGGACAUAAUUCUGUUUCUUUCUUACCUCAAGUAUUCAUAAUGCAUACUAUUUCUAUAUAUAUUGUUUAUAUUGCUUAUGAUUAAAAGUGUCUUUCUGGAUCAUAGCGAAGGUGAUCAUAUAGUGCAACAUUCUAUCCUCUUCCACCUUUGAUGGGGAAGGAAAGGUCACAUGAAAGAAGGGCAUAAAAGAUGCUGAUACACUUGUUUCACUCCCAGCGUUCACAUGCACACUCACAUUACAACAUUCCAUUUAUAACAUUGGCAAGCUAGGUGCUUCCCACCCCCACCCCAAAAGAGACCACAAGAAUAGCCGUGUUUAAUCAACAUACAAGUUGGAUUGCAUUAUCAAAACUGAUGGGCAUGUAGAAUUUUAGGUGUUGAAUUGGUGUCCGAGUCUAAGGAUCCUUGCAUGCAGCUGCAGACUCAUAGAUUUGUAUAUAACAGGGGAAUCUCUGGCCCAAGGGCCAAAUGCAAACCUCCACACCUAUCUGGCUCUUAGUACUCUUCCCAAGCCAUACCCCCUACUGGCUCUGCUUUUCCCUUCUUGAGUAUUUUCGUUUGGCUGGAAUGCGUCCUUGAACACUGAUAGUGUCUUUGUUUUUUUGGAUAUAGGCUAGAGGGGCAUGUUCCAAUGUGUUUAGAAACUUUCCUGCAGUACAAGGCAAAAUUUACAUUCAUUGCUUUGCCUGCCACUGGUAUGCAGCCCCUGGCGGGUUGCCCAGAAGGGAGUGUGACCCUCAGGCUGAAAAGGUUCCCAACCUCUGAUAUGUAAGAAUUCUGCUUUUUCAUCAGUUGAGCAGACUUUUGGUAUUGGCAUGAGAUAGAGUAAGUUCAGAAAGGAACAGGGCCAAAGUUAAAAAGAUGGAGGAACACUAGACUGAAAUAUGAAGAUCAGCAAUGGUAGGUGAACAUGGCGCUUACUGGUUUUUAGAAAUGUUUAGAAAUGAGCCUAAAUAAUCAUGAAUUAGAAUAAAUCUAUCAUUGCAAAAAGCAAAUUGAGACAGGCUGAGUAGCAGCUUGCAAGCUGACCUCUGAAACUAUAGUAAUAAUAUUCACUGGAGCUGGAUCCAGUACAAUUAAACUGAACUCUCUUGACUUCAAGUUUUUAUACAGAGUCCCCACCCAGUCUACCAAAAAUCUGUGCUACCCCUGUUUUGGCAAAACACUGAAAGUCCCAAGAAGUUUGGCAGGUAACGUGAGUCAAGUGUGGUUUCUGAUGCUGAUUUGGCAUGAAAUGUCUGGUUACAAAAUGGCUUGUGAGCUAACAUCUUGGAAGGGGAUAUGGUUAUUCAGGCAGACUCAAAGGCAUUUGUCUUUCAUUCAGCCAAACUUUGAGUCAGAUGAAUAGUCUGCAGAGAUUUAUAGCUUCAGUAAUUUUAGUGCUCUGGAUUUUUACAGAAUGCGGAAAUGGUAAAAUGUCUGCAUUUUAACUAAUCAUUUUAGCCAUAGGUGUAAAGCUCCCUUGGGGAAAAACUAAGCAUGUCUAACAACUACUUAGAAGAUUGAGGAUUUCAUGUUAAAUUGAUUUAUAUCUAACUGUAGAUACAAUAUGUGAAAAUAAGUUCCAUUGAAAUUUGUUGGAAUUAACAAAGUAUUUUAGGAUUGAGGUACUGGGAGUUCUUUAGGUCUCCAUGCUUCAAUCUUAUAAAUACUUUCCUGGGGGAAAAAUCCGGUGUAAUUCAGUAGAUUCUGCUACUAAGAUUUCAUUCUAGUAGCUUUGUGGUUGAUUGCUCAUUUAAGUAUUCUAUACCUAUGCUACUGCCUAUACUACCACAGCACAUAUAUAACUAUAAUGCUGCCCAAAGACACCAUUUACAGUAAAGGACAUAACCCAGAGACAUGCAUGCAUACCAGAAGCCUUCCCAUGUGUGUUUCCAGCAAUAUCCCUAUCAGCCUCCCCAAACUGUCCUCCAAGCAUACCACACUUGAAAGCCUCUGCUACGUAUUCAGAUACAUAGGUUUGUAUUCAAUUAACUUUUACUUGGACCCAUUGAAUUAAUUGCAAUGAUUAACUAAAGUCCAUUAGUUUCAAUGUGUCUAGCUGAAUACAACCCAUAAUGAUUUUGCAUAAAGGGGACUGGAAGCCACCAAGAAAAAACAAAAGGAGGCAAAGCCUGAAAUUGAUGCUAAAAGUACUUAAAAUGUAUUAGAAAAUACAGUACAUUACAUGCAUUUUGGCAAGCUGCUGCAAUGCUUAUGCAGAUGGUAUAUUCACCAUAAUACAGUGUUGAAUUCCAUCCAGAAAAUUGUACCAUUUUUCACAUUGAGCACCUUUAACUUGAAGUUCUAAUAGUGUGUUCAGAAGAUCCGUGUGUGUGUAUGCGUAUGUAUUUACUGCUUUGGUUACUUCAAGAAAGGAUAACUUCAUUCCACUCUUACGUGAGGCUUUCUUCACACUUGAUCCAGAAUCUGCAGUUAAUGCAGAACGCUGCAGCACAAUUGCUGACAGGAGUGAGGCCUUGUCGCGUAUAACACCUCUGCUCAGAGAUCAGCACUGGUUACCAGUUUGCUACUGGCCAAGUUCAAGGUCUUAUGAUUAGUACAGUGGUACCUCAGGUUACAUACGCUUCAGGUUACAUAUGCUUCAGAUUACAGACUCCGGUAACCCAGAAAUACUGCUUCAGGUUAAGAACUUUGCUUCAGGAUGAGAACAGAAAUCAUGCUCUGGUGGCAUGGCAGCAGCAGGAGGCCCCAUUAGCUAAAGUGGUGCUUCAGGUUAAGAACAGUUUCAGCUUAAGAACGGACCUCUGGAACGAAUUAUGUACUUAACCUGAGGUACCACUGAAAUGGGAUGGAUCCAACUAAUGCAGUUCGCUAGGGCUCCUGCUAGCAGAAUGGGACUUUCCCUUUCUCUCCUCCCCCAAAACCAAUGGAGGAAAAAACCCCAGAACAGCAUGCAGAGGGAAUGGGCACCUUCUCUGUACUCUUUUUGUUGCCCGCUAAAAACAUUCUUGUUUAGACAAGCCUACCCAUUAUAUUCCCCCCAUAGAAAACAGUGUGAUGAUGCUGAGCAUGCUCAGUGGACUCAGAGUGCUGAGUGACUAUUGUGGAAGAGAGAAUGGAAAACUGGGGAUGGUGUGUCUGGAACCUUGAGCAGGGACACUCCACACAUUUUGUUGUAGGGAUAUGCUCAAAUAGCACCAUUCACACACAAGAGGCUUCUUUGACUUGCAGAAGUAUGGAAAAUAUUUAGGAAACUAAACCUCAAGGGGAACCCACCCAAAUAGCCCAAUGAAGACUGAAUGUGUUUAGUGGGCAUGGAAUGCUAUUGGAGGGGGGAGAAAUGGAAAAACUGGAUGGGUGAAGGCAAUGGUAUUCUGCAACACUCAACAAGAGUACUCCCCAUAGCAACACUUUAUUGGUGCCAAUUGUUUUUGUUAAUUAGGGGUAGCUAUUCUUUGUACCCUCUAAAUCAGGCAUGGCCAAACUUGGGCCUCUAUAUGUUUUGGGACUACAACUCCCAUCAUCUCUAGCUAACAGGACCAUUGGUCAGGGAUGAUGGGAAUUGUAGUCCCAAAACAUCUGGAGGGCCAAUUUUGGCCAUGCCUGCUCUAGAUGUUGCUGGGCUACAACUUCCAUCUCUGGCUAUUGGCUAUGCUAGUUGGGGCCGAUGGGCACUGUAGUCCAAUAAAUAUUUGGAGGGCACUAUGUUGGCUAUGAGUAUUCUACAUUAAGCUACUCCCUAUAUAGUAGUGUAGUUCUGCCAACUGUGUGCUUAAGUAUUAGACUUUGUAGUAGAAUUUUGUAAAUAUGGCCAGAACAUUUACUUACCUUCUUCACAAAAUAUACCCAUGUUAGUUAUUUGUUGCACAUUGAUUUCAUGGCAGAAAAAACAUACUGGGUAUCCUCUGUAUUAAAACCAUCUGCCCUUGCUGGCUGCCUGAAGGAAAUUCUCACUUGCCACAGGUGAGCAGGCAAAGUGUCUAAUUACAAGCUGCUGUCAUAUGAUUAGUGAAACAGGUCUAUUUGAAAUGAAAUUUAACCAUGGUUAAUUGCUCUGAAAAGCUGCACACUUCUUUGAAAAUUGUUCCAAGCCCAUGAAAGAUAGAUGUGUUGUGGAUAUUGUCCUGCGCAUUUAAUUGUGUUGACACAAUAUUUCCUUUUGAGAGCAUUUCAGCAUUUCUCACUCAUGGAAAAGUAUAUGAGGAUUCAUGUACUUUUCAUUGUAAGCUUAGAUACAAAAUGUUAUAAAAUAUUAUAGAAUAGCAAGUGCUAACAGUGGAAAUACCCUCAACAUUUUUUUAUAACACUUAAAAGCUUGCCUUCUGCUUCAAAACUUCACAAAGUAGUUUUACUUAAUGGCCUGAUGCAAGAAAUUAUUAUCUUCACCUAGCAUUUUCAUCUAGUUAGAAUCAUUUUAUUAUUAAAAGAUCAAGUUAGCCUUUCUUCAAAAGUUUGUUGCACAAAUGCCAGUUUCUAAACUGUAUAAGUGAAAUAUAAACCUUUUAAAAGGAAGAGCAACUUCCAGGAUUUACAAAGUAAAAGCCAAGGUCAUAGUCUAAUGACUCCUUUGCAGGAAGAAAGGUAAAAAUAAGCUGCAUACUUUUUGGAUAUGGGCCUGUGAAAUUUUCCACUAUAUUCAUUAGUAACAUGGAGGCAUGCUUGUGCUGCUGGUAUUUUGAGCAAUAGACUUGACUCUGAAUGGAAUUUUUAGUUAUUCAAUCUGCAAUAAACAGACAACUAGCCAGCAUUUUAGAGCAGAAAAACACUUGCUACAGAAAGUACUUAGUAAUUCAGUUAAUGAGUGUAAGUGAAACGAGUCCAUGUUAGCUUGCUGUUUAGAAUAUAACUUAACAUAUUUUGGGUAAGUAUCUGUACCUUUUUUUCAGCUCAUCUACCCAGCUCUGUCUCAUCUGAAUCAGGUGGUGCUAGACUAUAGCUUCAAGGCAUUGAAGGCGCUGGAUGUGGGCCAAUAAAUUGAGACUGAAACCUGAACAGACAAAUGUAUUAUGUAUUCUGAGUUCUUGAGUCUGGGAGAUGGGAAGCUGGUCUGGUGUGGAUGGGAUUGCAUUCUCCUGGAAGGAGCAGAUCCAUAGCAUUGUUAAUAGAGGUUCAGGAAACCUCAAUUCUGAUUUACAAGGAAGAGGAAUUCCCUAGUGAAGCUGAUCCCAUGAGAGAGAAUGAGGAGUACCUGAAACCGGCCCAUGAUGGGUCUCAUGAAUCAUGGAUACUAGCAUUCUAGAUCAAAUGCAAAUCAAGUAAUGGAGUUAGGAUGGAAUUAUUGUUCAAAAGUUGUUAUUUUCUAAUAGUAAUUGUAAAAUUGGUUGCAAAUGGACCAUGCCAAGUUGCAAAACAUGCCUGGCACCUGGGGUGUUUCGGAUGCUGAUCCAGGUGUAACUCAUUCAGGCCAUUAGGUGAAGAACAGGAUAUAAAUCUUGUGGUGCUUUGCAAACCCAUUUUUGGCCCGGCCUUGACUUUAUCUGCCCCAAACUUGGUAUAUAUCUAUUUUUUUAAAUGAGUUUGCUUGUAUUUCAAUUCCUUUUGACAGAAGAGAGUACAGUGGUACCUUGGGUUAAGAACUUAAUUCAUUCUGGAGGUCCGUUCUUAACAUGAAACUGUUCUUAACCUGAGGUACCACUUUAGCUAAUGGGGCCUCCUGCUGCUGCUGCUGCUGCUGCUGCUGCUGCACCACCACCGCACAAUUUCUGUUCUCAUCCUGAAGCAAAGUUCUUAACCCGAGGUACUAUUUCUGGGUUAGUGGAGUCUGUAACCUGAAGCGUCUGUAACCCGAGGUACCACUGUAUCACUUUCAAGGGUGCUUAUCCUCUGUAGCUUUUAUAAUGACUUGUAUUAAUAGUUAAAUUGUAUUUUAAUGUGUGUGUCCAGUUAAUUGGGGCACCUUUUCUAUAAAAUAUUUUUAUUAUUUAAUCAAAGUUAUUAAAUUGAUAAAUGUUGCAGACCAGCUUAAUGGGAUUCUAUUUGCUUAAGAUCUGCUGAGUUCUUCACCACAGGUUGUUAUGCUAAAGAUGCUUUCGGAUUAUUUUACUGGGAUUGCGAACCAAAAUUUAACUAUUGACCAUCUCUAGCCAUAAAGGAAUAAAAAGCUUUAUAUAUUUGUAUUUAAAUGUUAUGUUUUUGUGUUGCCAUGGAAGCCAUCUUAGAAGAAACUUCGCCAGGGCACAGCCUGACUCCCUCCCUCGGCAAUCUUCACGGAGCUCUGGCCCAAUGGUUGCCAGUGGCUUGAUUUGAAUUAAUUUUAUAAUGAAUGAUUUUAGAGUGUUGUUUGUGCUGUACUUUUGUACUGUUUUAUUGUUGUUAGCCGCCCUGAGCCCGGCUUCGGCUGGGGAGGGCGGGAUAUAAAUAAAAUUUAUUAUUAUUGUUAUUCUAACAUGCUGCCCAUCACCCAUGGUUAUUGCAAAUACUUGUGUUAAAAUAAUAAUUUUCUGGUAAGUAAUAAUUUUCUGAUUAUUGGUUUCAGUUCUCCUAAAAGUAUAAACGUGUCAGUACUAUGUUAUCCAAAUAUCUUUUCUGGAAGUAAUGUCUAUCAAUUGCAUUUUAGAAGAGAUAAUUUUAUGAGCAAUAUACUAUUUUUUUUUUUAAAAAAAAAUCUACCCACGUUUGCAAUGUAUAUUACAGCUUCAGCAGAGCUACAGAAUAGCAAUGGUAUUAUAUCUAGCAACAUGAUGCACCAGGUUGGUGUGUGUUGCAAAGGAUGAGCCACUUUUGUGAUAGUGUUGCUAUGGCAACUACCUUCUGAGAGCUGCCUCAAGGUCACUCAUCAGCCAUAGCCCAGAGUGCUUGGAUUUUACGCAAAAUAAGAAGCACCUAGCAGUUCCUGUUGUUCUUUUUUCAGUCUUCUACUGUUGCAUUAAAUAUUAGGAGGAAUACUAAUGGGUUCACAAUAUUUACAUGUUAAUUAAUUUUAAGUUAUAUUUUUAUACAAAGGGUAACGGACACAAGGACAGACUAACAAUUAUAUAUGUGUAUGUAUAUGCUUUAAAAAAAAUAUUCAAAUUACAUAAAAGAAAGUUGGUAGUAACUAGUAUCAAGCAUGUGUACUUAAACUACAAUUUAAAGAAUUCUUUUAAAUGUCUUUUCAAACAAUGGUGAUGAUUUUUCUUCUAAAUCUGAAAAGACUUCCAAUAGUAUAAGCAAGACUGACACUCAGCAAUUACAAGGAGCUGUAGGAUAUACAUUUAUGGGGCUUGCAACUCUGUUCACUCCCAUAUCGUGGCAAACAACCAAAAUUUUGCUUUUAAUAUUUUGUUUUAUUUUUUGUUCUUCAACUGUUUGCUGUCUGUGGCCCAUUCUAGUUAUUUAGAAAUUGUCUACCUGAAUUACUUAAACUCUUCAAAAAAAAAUCAUGAGAAGUGUUAUUUAAUGCUGAGUAAGAGCCAAAUUUCAUGUAUGAUAUAAAUAUGUAUUUAAGUCCAGAUCACUGGCUCUUUGCAGGUGGGUUGAACAAAAUUUAAAGCUCUCUCUCACUCUGUGUGUGUGUGUGUGUGUAUGUGUGGAAAAAUUACCUUUGAACAUGUGCAAAGUGCAGUUUCCUCCUAAAUGUUUCACUGGAACACUUUGUGGAAUAUAUUUUCAGAUCAAAGUAAGUACCUCCUGUACAAGAUUUUGAACCUCAAAACAGCUAUAUCUUUCCCAGCAGACAUCAUUCAGCUUGUUUUCUCCUCUCCAUUUGAAUUUCCCUUUUCCAUUUAAAUUUAUUUAUGUAUUUAUUUUAAUAGAUACUGCUUUGAUAGUAAAUGGAACCUCUAAGCACUUUACAAAAAAAUAAAGAAAAUGUUAAACUUAUAAUUUUUCACAGAGUUAAAAAGAAGAAUUAAAAUUUAAAAAUAUCUACAACAAGCUAACAACAGAUUAAAAUACAUGAAGACUUCUACAUGUCUGGGUAGACUUGCUAAAAUAUUUUUAGCAGAUGCCAAAAAGAGUACAGUGCACCCCUGCCUAGUGUAAAUAGGGAGGGAGGGAGUUCCAAAGUAUAAGUGUUGCCACACCUACAAAAGAUUUGUUUCCUGAAAGUGUGCGAUGAGUAUUAUGAACAAGUGUUAUGUAACAAUUCCACAAAUGUUUGUGUGUGCAAAAACACUUAUAUUUCAUUAGUUCUUUAACUUCUCUAUUGAUACCUGUGAGCUGUUCUCUCUUCUGUCACUUGGUACAUUGAACUGUAGCACCUUGUGCAAACUAGGAAGUGAUCCUGGCCCUCCUGUUCAAGGCACUCCAUUCUAAUCCCUCUCCCUCUCAGUUGUCAAUAUUUUUCAUCUUCUCAAGCUCUGUUCAGGUGUCCAGUUUGAAUGUGCAAAUGGGCAAGUGGAAUAAGCCCCAGUUCCUCAAGGAUGUAUGUCUGUAUAGGGUUGCCUAAACAAAAAAUGUUUUAAGCAGACACUGAAAAGGGUUGUAGAAGAUAGGUUACUCAGAUAUCUGUCUGAACACAGGGCUGAUAAAAUUAACUUGCCUGCUUGCUGAGGUCAUCAAAACAGGCCUUGUUUUGUCUCUCUUGGAUUAUCUGAAAUAUAGUAGGUGUCCUUGGAAGUUGAGGCCUUUCUGAUGGUGGCACCUCUGUUCUGUAAUUCCUUCAUUUGUAGUGCUGUUUGGUUCCCUCUGUGUUAAGUUUUAGACACUACAAUUUCUGAGGAUGCUUAGAACCAGUGAUUUAUAUCAGUUUUAGUCGUACUUUUUUAUAUAUGAAAAAUAUGAUUUUCUUGGGUAACAAAAGUACAUACAGCUUUCAGUUCGUGGAAUCCUUUCUCAAGAUCAGUUACAUUCGACGUGAGACACUAAUGUUAUAGACUAUGAGGUGGGCAGAGCGAGAAGGGGGGAAUAGUAAACUUCCAUUCUUUUACAUAGUGUAUGUGAGAGUUUUUUUUGUGGGUAGGUUCUUUUUUCCAUUCAUUUACUAGUUUUCAUUGGCAGUGAGAAAGAUUGGGGGGCCUAGGGCAUGGUUAGUUUCCUUCAGUUGACAACAGUGAGUUUAGUUUGUGUGUGUGAAGGAGAGGGGGUUGUUGGGUCAAAUUAGCCAUAUUGAUUCGUAUGCUGUCGGGUUUUGUUGUUGUUGUUGUUUUGUUGGGAUGUGUACUGGUAUUUAAUAAAGGGGAACCACACCAGGGUGAAUGCAUCCGCUUCUGUUUGUCCCUGAGCUCGUUUGAAUUUGUUGGUUAGCUUUUCUAGAAGGGCAGUUUCCCAUACUGUUUGGUACCAGUGGUCAUACUUGAAGUAGACUUGUGAUUAUUGGGCAUGACUACUAUAGGUCCAUCAAUUACUUUGAGUAAAACUUAGUAGGAUACAGCUCAGUAUUUAUUGAAUGUGUGUUUUACUGGUCAUCAAUUUUUUGUUUUUCCUUUUUCUGCUAUUGUAUUGUUGGCUUGCUUAUUUAUUUAUUAUCUGAUAGUAUUUUUUCCUUAGGGAUUUUUAUUGAACAGAAGGGCAGACUAUAAAUAUCUAAUUCAGGGUGCAAUUUUUAAUAUUUAUCCAAUUUGAGUAAUAGUUCAGGGGGUGGUUGUUUUCUUCCUCCGCAUCCUCCAGUUGAUAAGAUUCUCUGGCAGUAUCGAGGUUUGUGAAUGUUUGCUGAACUUCUAAGUGUAAACUGUGAUUGAAGUUUAAUUGAUGAUAUCCAAUAUCCUAAGCAGUGUGACUGACCAUUUUCACAUUUAAAACUACAAAUGUUGAACCAGUGCUUGGAAGUAUGAGACAAAAGUGUUGGGUAGUCAGACUCUACAACAUGAUUCCAAACUGUUUUCCCCCCAAAAGGGAGUACUUUGUUUAUUAUUAUUAUUAUUAUUAUUAUUAUUAUUAUUAUUAUUCCUAGUUCACUGUUCUGAUUGCAGUAAGUGGUGGUCAAUAAGCAUUUAUUCAUUAGACCUGCUUUGGCUUUUGGUAGAUCUUAAUUGAAACAUUGGGGGGGGGGAAUGCAGGGGUUUUGUUAAGGGGGAAAAUUGCUGUCUGAACACAUGUGCUUUAAUUGUAAAAUCCUUACUGCAAGAUGGUACCAGCCUCUGUACAGAGCAGGAGCCUUUUUGAAGAGGUCAGUUUGUUUAGCAAAUUAUUGUUUAGGCACUGAAUCAGGAUCAGAAGCAUAAAAUGCCUCCUGAGACUAUAAAAGAAGCUCUGUCCCUGGGCAGGUCAAGUCUGUGAUAGUUGUGAUUGUUGCAGUGGGUUGGACUAGAUGAUCCUCAGAACUCUACAAUUCUAUGAUUCUAAGUGUCAGGCACAAAUCUGGAGUGAAGUUCCUAAGAUGGUUGGAUGGCGUCCUGUACGCCUCCAGGUGACUCCUGCAGCCAGGCUGGUGCCAAAGAUAUUGCUCUGUUUUCCUUUGGACCACAUCAGUGAGGCUGAAAGGGGGUCUUGACAUCUGGGCAGCCCAGGACCUCCAUACAUACUGCCCAGGCUUUUGCACCCUGGGGAGGUCAUGUUGGUGCUGCUAAUGAAGCAGUUUUACUUCACCCCCGAAGGCGUAUUCCAUUGUCUCUCGAGACAGAUGGAUUCCAACAAGUGUCAGGCAAUUUCCUCCACCCAAUGCAUCAACUGUGUUACUCUGAAGGGGGUUGCCUUAUUCCUGUGUAAGGUUUCUAAUACAAGGAUGGGAACCAGUCAUGCAAAAUUGGUGGCAAUCUUUUUGGAGGUGGUAAAAUCAUCAGUGAGGAACAUUCAAGUGAAUCCAAUGGGGGCCACUUGUGGCCUCUGGGCCAAUAGAUUGCUCACAUGUUGCUGUAGAGAAAUACCAAUAAAUUGAAAGGUACAUACAUAUAUGAUAGAGAUCUGUCAAAAUAAUAUUGCAAAUGGAAAUAAAAUAAUAAGCACUAGAGAGUUCAGUAUGUUUGACCGGCUUUAUUCAGGUUAUUGUCACCAGGAAUUUUUCUGACUCUUGGAUAUCAAGAGUAAAAUCAAAUUCAUCACAACUUGUUCCCAGUACAGUGGUGCCUCGCAAGACGAAAUUAAUUCGUUCCGUGAGUUUUUUCGUCUAGCGAAUUUUUCGUCUUGCGAAGCACGAAAUCCCAUAGGAAUGCAUUGAAAUUCAAUUAAUGCGUUCCUAUGGUCAAAAAAAGUCCAAUCAAAGCCAAAUUUGGUACAACAAGAGUUUAUUAACUGCUCUUUAAAGUCACACAUACUUUAAAGAGCAUAUCAAAAAUUGAAGGAACAAUAAAUUAAGUUUCUAAACAUGACAGGAAAAACAUUUAAAAAUCAAAAAGGGUACAUUACAUUUUCUAAGACUCUGGGGACCACUCGAAGAAGGUUCCUCUUCCACUCUUUGCUUCUUGCUGAGGAACCUGUCCAUGGUCUGCUGCUUCAUCCGCCUUUUCAGCAGCUCCCUGAGAGGCGACAUGACCGUCGUAUCAAAAAUGUUCGCUUGGUCAUGUGCCACGUGCUUGUCAGGGUGGUGCCGCUCUGCAAAAGCCUGCACCUCAUUCCACUUCUGGCAAAUGUCCCUCAGUUCUUUGGAGGACAGCCGUUCCUCAGUUGCUUCCUCCUCUUCCAGCGAGGCCUGCUCCUGCGCAACCUCUGACUGCAGUUCAACCAGCUCCUGGGUGGUCAGCUCGUGGUCGUGCUCCUCCACCAGCUCGCAGACGUCCUCCUCUGUGACCUCCAGGCCCAUGGUCCUCCCCAAGGCAACAAUGUCCUGCACCACUGUCGACUCUGGUGCAUCAGAGUCACUUGGUGCCACACAGUCCGGCCACAGGCUGCGCCAAGCGCAAUUCAAAUUCCUCUGGCUGAUCCCCUUCCAGGCCGUGGUGAUCAUCUUCAAGCAGGUGACGAUGUCGAAGUGGUCCUUCCAGAAUUCCCGCAGGGUGAUGGUGGUGCAAUCAGUCACCUCGAAGCAUCGCCUGAAAAGCUCCUUGGUGUAGAGUUUCUUGAAAUUGGCGAUGACCUGCUGAUCCAUCGGCUGGAGCAGUGGCGUGGUGUUAGGCGGCAGGAACAUGAUGUUGAUGAAGCUGAACUCCUCCAACAAGUCCACCUCAAGGCCUUUAGGAUGAGCAGGAGCAUUGUCCAUCAGAAGCAAAGCCUUCAGCGGCAGGUCGUUGUCCAGCAGGUACUGUUUGACAGCAGGGCCAAAGGCAAGAUUGACCCAGUCCACAAACAGCACACGUGUGACCCAAGCCUUGCUGUUGGAUCGCCACAUGACACUCAGCCGCUCCUUGUCGACCUUGUGUUUCUUGAAGGCCCGUGGGUUCUCCGAGUGGUACACCAGCAGGGGCUUGAUCUUCAGGUCGCCGCUUGCGUUGGCACAGAAGAGCAGGGUCAGACGGUCCUUCAUGGGCUUGUGGCCAGGCAACUUGGCCUCCUCCUGUGUGAUGAAAGUCCUUUUGGGCAUCCUCUUCCAAAACAGCCCGGUCUCGUCGCAGUUGAAGACCUGCUGUGGAACGUAGCCCUCCGUCUUCACAACCUCCAGGAACUCCAAGGCAAAGUCUUCAGCCGCAGGAACAUCAGAACUGGCAGCCUCUCCAUGCCUGACCACGCUGUGGAUUCCGGAUCUUGCCUUGAACCGGUCAAACCAGCCUCUGCUUGCCUUGAAGACUUCUGGCUCGGCCGAGGUUCCUGGCUGUUCCCGGAUGAGGUCUGCGUGCAAGGCCUUGGCCUUCUCACAAAUCACGGCCUCAGUCACUGUGUCCCCUGCACGCUGCUUCUCUUCUAUCCAGAUGAGGAGCAACUUCUCGACCUCCUCCAGAACAGCUGGGCGGUUCUUCACGAUCCUGGUGACUCCCUUGGCUGCAUCAGUCGCAAGGAUCUUCUCCCUCAUCUUCAGGAUGGUGCCGAUGGUCGAUGGGUUCCUGCCGUACUCCCUGGCGAGGUCCGUCACACGCAUUCCACCGUCGUGCUUCCGGAUGAUCUCCUUCUUCAUCUCCAGCGUCACCUUCUCCUUCUUCCUCUCGCCGGCCUCCGCAGCAGCAGCAGUCUUCUUGGGUCCCAUGGCAGCACAGCUGUUACCUUUGUAAAACUCAGAAAAAGAAAAAAAUCAGCAAUUCAAACCCACAACCAAGUCCUUGAAUUCCAAACACCCAACCCAAAAUCCAAAACCCCCCCAAAAAAGUUUUAAAAGUUUAACUUACGAAAUGGCUGCAAAUCACCAAAGUCUUCAAAAUCCUCAAAUGGCUGCAAAAGAAGUUUUGGGAAAGCUUUAAAAAUCACCAAAGUCUUCAAAAACCUCAACUGUUCCCCCAGCCCCUCCCCAACUGUUGCAAACCCCUCCCCAACUGUUGCAAACCCCUCCUCAACUGUUCCCCCAGCCACCCAGCACACAGAAAUUCAAAACCCAGAAAAUUUUUCAAAAAAACAACAACAUGGCCCAAUGGUUACAGAAAACCAUAAAAAUUCAAAAAAAGCACACAAGCUCCCAGAUUCCUGCAAACCCCUCCUCAACUGUUCCCCCAGCCACCCAGCACACAGAAAUUCAAAACCCAGAAAAUUUUUCCAAAAAAAACAACAUGGCCCAAUGGUUACAGAAAACCAUAAAAAUUCAAAAAAACCCACACAAGCUCCCAGAUUCUUGCAAACACCUCCCCAGCUGUUCCCCCAUCCACCCAGCACACAGAAAUUUAAAACCCAGAAAUUUUUUUCAAAAAAAAAACAUGGCCCAAUGGUCACAAAAAAUCAUAAAAAUUCAAAAAAAACCACACAAGCUCCCAGAUUCUUGCAAACACCUCCCCAGCUGUUCCCCCAUCCACCCAGCACACAGAAAUUCAAAAAUUCAAAGCCAGAUUUUUUUUUAAAAAAAAUAAACAUGGCCCAAUGGUCACAGAAAAUCAUAAAAAUGCAGAAAAAAACCACACAAGCUCCCAGAUUCUUGCAAACCUCUCCCCAACACCAAGUCCUUGAAUUCUAAACACCCCAACCCAAAAUCCCAAAACCCAAAAAAGUUUUAAAAGUUCAACUUACCAAACAGCUGUAGAAGAAGUUUUGGAAAAGCUUCAAAAAUCCAGCAAACUCUUUAAAAAGCUCAGAAAGGCCACCACACCGCGUGCAAUGUGUUGCUCCUCGAGGUCAAGUCGCAACUGCACCUCUUCCAGCAAUGCACCCUGGGUUUUAACGGUUUUACGAAAACGGAAACAAACUUGCAAGACGAUUUCGUCUUGCGAAGCAAGCCCAUAGGGACAUUCGUCUUGCGAAGCAACUCGAAAACGAAAAAACCUUUCGUCUUGCGAGUUUUUCGUCUUGCGAGGCGUUCGUCUUGCGGGGCACCACUGUACUCUUCCAUUUUCAGCCUUGUCCCUAGUCCCACCUACUGAAAAUGGCUUCUUCUCCCCUCUUGAAAUCAUGUUCCACUGUCUUCUGGUUGCAUUUUGAGACACAGAACUUUUGAUUCUAUUAUUUAAUUCUUCUACAUGGAGCUCUCCAGAAAAAUUAUCUGAACCCUCCCAUAUGCUCCACCAUUUUACUUCCUACAUCUAUCAUUUACUAGUAAAUGUGUUUGUAAGACCUACAAUUCUAACAUAACAUGUUCACAGAUCACAUUUCUUGCCUGUAUUCCAGAGAGAGAGAGAGAGAGAGAGAGAGAGAGAGAGAGAGAGAAGUAAAGAAACAUCUACUGAUCCUAUUUAAAGCCUUCAAUUUAUGCAAGAAUUUAACCCCUGCUGGUGGUUUAGGGACUGAUUACUUAAUACUCUGGUAAGAGCCUGAAAGGGUGCUGAAGGGAAGAAGUGCACAAGCCCAAGGACUUUUUGAAAGCUGUUCUGUUCUUGUAGUGCCAACCCACAGUUUGACAAGUCUGUAGGUGCAGUGUUCAGCUUAGGAAACACUCUCCACUGAAAAGCCCACUUGUGCCUGUACUUUUUUCAUUUCAGAGAUAACCCACCACUUUUUAAUUUUUGGUUGCUUUCAAUAGCCAGUGGUGAAGGGAAGCUACAUUUUGGUACUUGAUGUAAGCUGUCUUGAUGCAAACUGAUUUGAGAACUUCUCUGGGCCAGGAUAAAGGUAAAGGUACCCCUGCCCGUACGGGCCAGUCUUGACAGACUCUAGGGUUGUGCACCCAUCUCACUCAAGAGGCCGGGGGCCAGCGCUGUCCGGAGACACUUCCGGGUCACGUGGCCAGCGUGACAAGCUGCAUCUGGUGAGCCAGCGCAGCACACGGAAACGCCAUUUACCUUCCCGCUAGUAAGCGGUCCCUAUUUAUCUACUUGCACCCGGGGGUGCUUUCGAACUGCUAGGUUGGCAGGCGCUGGGACCGAGCAACGGGAGCGCACCCCACCGCGGGGAUUCAAACCGCCGACCUUUCAAUCGGCAAGCCCUAGGCGCUGAGGCUUUUACCCACAGCGCCACCCGCGUCCCUGGGCCAGGAUAGUGGCAUAUAAAUUUGAGAAAAGACAAAAGUAAUUAUAUACUAUACUCUAGUCUCCCUGUGAUGUUAAAUGCUUGAUGCAUUUGAUUAAUUUUGUAUUCUGUUUCUUGACACUAGAAUGGUGGUCUAGAAACUCCCAAAAUAAAAAUGUUUUAUAUUGUAGCAUUUAACAACUUCACUAACUCUAUUAAAGCACUGCCAUUGAUACGGAAAUAAAAUUAUUUCAGUAAAAGACAAAUUCCAUUUACCCUGAGCCAGCAUUUAACAGAAAAAGUGUAGGAGUAAUUAGUAUGUGUACAUGUGUGUUUAAACCUCAUUUAGGAAACUUUGAAGGCUCAGGUUGUACAAACUAGUAUAUACUCAUUUUUGCUUCCAUUAUGUACUCAUUUGACAUAAAAAGCACUGGUCUAACUCUGGUAUUUCCUGCACCAAUUAUAAUACGCAGUACUUCCCUAAAUUACAUAACCACUAGACAGGAGGCGAGCUGAAUCUUAAAUGUUGCAAGUUCUGAUAUGGAUAGGCUUAAAAAAAUUCUUUUAAGUUUUUCAUAUCUGGAUUUAGCUUCAUGCACACUGUGUAUUCUAGAUACUGUUCAUGCACCCAUUUUACUUGAUACAACUUGACCCUGAUAGUAUUAACUUUUUGAAACACUAGACUUCCAGAUUUUAUAUUUAUUUACAAGUUUGGAAUACUUACAGCCUGGUUUUAUAGCCCCAAGAGGGGCUUAUAAAAAUGUGCACAUCGCAAUCAAAUGCAACUGUAGUAUCAGGAACGGAAAUAACGUUGUGUCCAUAUGGUGCCAGUAUUGUUCAGAUUUCAGUCUCAGGUCUUCAUUGUUAGUAUGGGAGUAUAUUGUUCUCAACUGCCCUUAGAAUGGGAAAGAAGUCCGCCAGCUCUGUUUCUGGUAAAUGGAAGGGCUUUGGAUUUGGCCCCUGGAAAACCCCUUUUGUGGUUACGAUCUGCUCUAUGCUGUGGCCCCAAGGACCCCCUUUCAUUGGGGAAAUAUUGAGUAUUUCAUACAAAAUGAUAGUAUCGUUGGUUAUAUACUUUGCACUUGUAUUACCAAAAGACACACACACACACACACACACCUUGAUUUGUGCAUAUUGAAAUGCAACAUUUGUUUAGUAUGGAAAACACUUGAUUUGUAGCAACUCCCUGGAACAUUCAGUUAUAUAGGAAUUAAUUUUUUACCUUGUAAUGUGUGAAGCAACUCACAGUAUAACUUUUUCCUAUCUUUUUAUCUUUGUUUUGUGCUUUUGUUUCCUAGGGUAACAGGCUGCAAACUAGAACCCUUGUGUAGGCUGCAAACUGGAACCCUUUAAGUUGCAGUGUGUUGCUAUUUAUGUCAGUGUGUACAUAUUUUACAUUGCAGUUGAGGAACAAUACAAAUGUUGAGCUUCUUGGGCUUUCCACUUGAUUGUAUCAUCUGUUUGUUUUAGAUAGAAGACACUUCCAUUCAAACCACUCUAAUAAGAAAACUCCACACAAACAAUUCUAAUGUGAGAAGAUUCCCAAUUUAAUCUAAUGUGUAAGAUGGCAGGUUUGCUGUGGAACAUGGUUAGGAAGGUUAGGAAGAAACAACUGGAUAGGCUAGCAGUCAACUGCAAAGGGGACUCGGAGAUCUAAUUUGCACAUUUUACUUGAGAAUUACUUUUUAUUCUGUGUAACAAGGAAUUUUGGUGGAUUUGAUCAUGGUUUUACUGCAUAUGUAGUGACUGUUGGGUUCCCCCUCCCCUUUUCCUUUAUUUGGAUGAUGCCAUGGCCUUUGGCUAGCGCAAUAAUUUUUUUAAUUAAAAAAAAAUCCUUUUGUGGUGGUACAGUCAUAUGAGAGGAUUGUACAACUUCAGCAACUUAAUGUUUGAAUUGGCUCUCUGUGCCUGGGUAAAUGGAGGUCUGUAGACAGCAGAAUUGCAGUUCAGUUCAUUAGAUCCCCCAUUCUCAUUUAAGGGUUAGGUUGUUUCUGUAACUUCCAUAGACAUGUAUUCACACACACACUUCUUUGCUUUCAGAUUAGAUGAAUAGUUUUAUUUCUCUGGCUAGCUAGUAUCCUGCCAUUUUUCAACCUCUAGGUAGAGAUGCUGUGUGAGUGCUGAGAGGAAUACAUUUCCAAGUAAGUGUUUAACAGUGAACUUAGAAUACAGUUAAUUAUCUGGUCCCAUUGAAGUUGGUGGAAUAAAGCCAGUUUAAGCACAGGAACUCUUACAUAGUUUUUUUAAGCUGUUGGAAGUGGGGGGGGAUCUAUUGUACUGUACUUCAUUUUCCAUGUGGUUUUUUAAAUCUUUACAGUCUAAUAUCUAUCUUUGGAUAUGCACCUCUUCAGGUUCUCUCCAUAGCUUUCUGUUGUUUGCUUCCUCCAUCCACAUAAGCCCUGCUGUUAGUGGUCAUCCCUUGGUCUUUUAAAACUGUGGGGUCUCCACACUAGCAUUGCUUUAUUCCAUCAACCUGAGUCAUCUCUUGCCACAUGCCCUGUAUAUGUCCAUUUUAACUUUGUGGCCUUUUCCACUACCUCUGUAACUUUUGAUCUUUGUGCUAUUCAAUUGUUAGCUUUGCUUGUUCCAUGGCAUAUUGUGGUGUUCUUAAGCUGUUUGUUUCUUUGUGUCAUGGUCCAGUUCCUCACUCUAUAACACAUCACAGGUAGUACACAAAUACUGAAUGCUUUAGCUUUCAAAUCUGAGGGAAUAUUUUUAUUUUUCGUCUUAUGUGUGAUUAUUAAACAUGGGUCACAAAGGCAUGUGAUGCUUCUCAGCAAACUUUCUGCUUGGAUUGGGCUGCAAUCCUUUGCUCAUUUCCUUGAGAGUAAUCCACAUUAAGUACAGUUGGUCUUAAUUUGGAAUUACCAUGUUUUCAUUAGAAUUUGUUGCAUGAUUGCCUAUACCUUCCUUCUUGUUCUUGAAUUCCUGGGCUGCUGCAAACCAGGAGGUCAAAUAUGAAAUUUAUUGUUGCUUAUUUCUGGAAGUGUUUAAAGGGGAGCACCAUUUGAUCUUGGUAUGACAAAGUUUGGCAUUAAUCAGGAACAUCAUAAUGUUUGAUAUUGAAAGCAUAUUAAGGGGUUAAUGCCAAAAUUGCAUGACUGCCAAAACAUGCUUAUUGAGCCAGUAAAAAGAUUUAAGGAUGGUUUCUUGGAGUAUUGUAUUUGAAACAUUUUUAAUGCAAAGUGAAACCAAUUGAUUUAUAGGAAUUGCAUUAUAAAAUCUGUAUUAAAGUGGAGUGUAAUUCAACAGCUUUGAGGGAAAUUGGAAUUCAGAUAGGUAACAUUAUGUAUUGUUUACUUACAGUGCUCUUCUCGGUGUUUCUAUUCAGAAUUCAGUCUCAGUGGGGCUUGCUCAAAAAAACAAAUACAGCAGAGUUGAGGAGCCCUUUUUUUUUUGCUGAGGACCGCAUUCCUUUGGAGGGGUGUGUGGGAGGCCACAGGCUGCUGGUGGGUUGGUGUGGAGCCAGAACAUGGGCAAACUAUCAUCUUUCCACUCUCUGCAAUCCAUUCCCUCCUUUUUCCGUCUCCUUGCCAUAUGAGAAUCGCAUGAUAAUUAGGAUAAGGGCUGUAGGGUCCCCACUUCCGGGAUAUUGGAAAACAACCCAAAUGCCUCUGUCUUAAGAAUGUAAUUGUCACCGUUUCUGUGUGUGCAGGGGAAUGGCAACAUCAUCCUGAAGUUUCCUUUGUUUAAAAAAAUUGUGUAGUUGUGUACAUUCAUGAAUACAUUUAGAAUAUGUGUUCCCUUCCCUUUCCCCUUGAUAUCAGGCAAGGUUUAUGUUAGCUAUUAUCAUGGUAUUAGCAACUGCCAACGCCCACUCCCUUCCCCAGCUUCAGAGUGCAGAGAAACCUAGUUUGCUUGCAGCUGCAGCGCUAGACAUCUUUCAGGAAGUGACCUUGGCUUGUAUUAAUCAAAUUCAGAACACAGAAAAGCUGCUUGCUAACAUGCUGACUUGAUAUAAAAUGUUAGAGCAGACAUUUUCUUUUAAAAUGAGGCCAUGAGGGAAAUAAGGGGAGUUCUUAAAUAAUAUCUCCAUUUAGACGACUUUUCAGUAUGUAGAAAGGACAGAGAAGUUGCCUACAGUGAGGGUUAUUGAAAUAUAAAGCCUGUGUUAAAAUAAUUUAGUGGUUGCCUUUUCUAAGCAGUAUCUGUGAUCUAAGAAUGUAUUAGGGAACAAUUGGCAUUUAAAGUUAAGCACAGCAUAACAUUUAACUAAUAACCAAUCUGUAUAAUUUCCUCUUUAAAAGUUGAUCAGCAUUGUUGAUAAAUAUUGCAUGCUAAGGACUGAUGCAUCUAAACAAGUAGCCAGGUGAAUGCCUUCCAUAAUAAUUGCUCCGUGCAGGAAGGCCCCAUGUUCAUCUAGCAAGGAUUUUUAUACAAUUUUAUACAAUGCUGCCACAAAUGGUCUUGCUCUUCUUCAUCUAUCUCAAUAGAGUGUCAUUGUUGGAACAUUCACUGAGGCAGCACAGACAUGAAAGAUCCUACUAUUUUGUGUAGGGCAUCUUGCCUGCAGGAAUAGAAUAAUAGUCAUUUGUGAUAUUGCCGUUAUGUACUGUCUUACAUAGCAAUUGUUGCUGUCUGCUGUCUUAUGUAGAAAUCCACUUGUUGAAAUCUUUUAGGACCAGACCAUUAAAUCUUCAAAAUCAAACAGAACAUCAGAUAAGGUUUAACUCUAAUUAUUCAUUUAACAAAUUAUAUGUACAAUGGUACCUUGGGUUACAUACACUUCAGGUUACAUACGCUUCAGGUUACAGAUUCCGCUAACCCAGAAAUAUUACCUCGGGUUAAGAACUUUGCUUCAGGAUGAGAACAGAAAUCGUGCUCCAGCGGCACAGCGGCAGCAGGAGGCCCCAUUAGCUAAAGUGGUGCUUCAGAUUAAGAACAGUUUCAGGUUAAGAACAUACCUCCAGAACGAAUUAAGUUCUUAACCCGAGGCACCACUGUAUAUCCAUGAGAUAUUAUCCUUGGGUUACAGGGAAAAGUCUGUUGCACAAGUAAAACAACAUCAUUGAAUGCAACCCACACUACAGUCAAUAAUAACUCAAUUUUGGUUGCAUGUAACACUAAACUGUGGUUUAUCUGAAGUGAUGGCUUCUAAUCUCCUUGUGGCUGGGGCAAAGGGGGAACAGGGCCAUAGGCAUAGCACUGAGCUAUAAAGCAGGAACAAGCCAUGCAUUUAAAAUAUUUUCACUGCCCUUCAUUUGAAGAUUCUAGGGAAGUGUGAAAUAAUUCACCCAACAAGAAGUACAAUAUCUAAAGAACAUACCACCACCACCACCUCAAUCAAUCAAUCAAUCAAUAGAAAGCAAGCUAAAAAGAAAAAAACUAAGGAAAUCAAGCAGCUUAGACUAAAAUAUUGUGCCAUGAAUAUUGUAAGGUUAAUGCUAGAUAGGCCUCCGUAGACAGAGCAUUUGAAACUAAGGGUAGCACUGCAGAAAAUGAGGCCUGAAAUCAGAACCUUAAUGAUGGAGAUUCAACAAGGUUAAGAAUGGUAAGAUGAGAAAUCCCUCUGAAAGAAGACAACAAAGCAACCAUUUGAGUGUAUUUAUGGCAAGGAGGGACAUGGGAAGCUUUUAAUCUGUUGCCUAUAACCAGUAAAUAUAAGCAAAGCAUUGCAAUCUUUAAAUUUCACUGAAGACAGCUUGCAUUGUUGUGGCAUCACAAAUGGAAUAGGUAUACAAAAGCUGUUGAAGUUUCAACAGUUUUGCAGAAUUUCCUUAGAAUCCAUCCAUGUCUUAAGAACUUCUUUAGAGACUCUUCUCAGAGUACUUUCUUUAACAGAGGUAUAUUAUGUAGUUAUAAGGGAGAGGGUAUAUUCUCUCUCUCUCUCUCUCUCUCCCCCUCCCCUUUGAGUGGGUUUUGUUUGGCUUUAGUACUCACACUGUAAUUAGUGCCAUAUUUGGAGUCUUGGGGGAUCCUGCAGGUCAGUUUUUGAUGUUGCAAAUCAAAUAGACAAAAAAAGCUUUUCCCUUCAACAUUGUUGACAUUGUCAAGCUACCUCCUAUUUAAUAGCUUGUUAAAUCUCUCUUCUUACAGAUCCAGGGUAACAUGACAUCCUACCAGUUUUUCUUGUCUUUCUGCCAGAACAUCACCCUUGUGGUGAAUGACUGGAAGCAAACCCUUGAUUAUUUGGAAAAUUUGGCUAUCUGUAAUAGACUGGCUGUAUCAAUUCUAGCACAGGGGGUGUAAUUAUUUUAAAGUUCUUUGGGUUUUGUGUGUAUGUGGUAGUUUUUGUUUAAAGCUUUUAGAUUUGGCCCUGCUUUGUCCAGAAUACUGCAGUCAGAAGCAGUGUUUGGGCUGAAAUUGCUAAAAAUGCAGGGGAAAUCCGGACAUAUGGCAACCUAUGUCGGCUUUUUGGUAAUUUCCCGUAAAAACAGCUCAAAAUCUUCAUUUUUUAAAAGUGAAUUUGCCAAAAAAGCUUUGGGCAAAGCUAAAAACCUCCGGAUUUUCACUGUUUGAAAUAUGGCAACCCUACUUUAUAUGCAUACCACACCAUUCUGCUUUUAAGAGCAUGACGGUAAAACAGAUACAGACAGCAGGGAACUCUUAGGCAUAUCAUGGUUGUCACCCAGGAUGGAGAUUGUGUGCACUGCACUUCUGUUUUCCUGCAUGGGUAUCAACUUUCAGAAAGCGGUGUUGGAACACUGCCCAUCUGCUCCAUUGCAUGUACAUGGUAUUAUGUAGCGCUAUGUGUUGUCCCCAGGGCUAUUCUAAUGACAAAGAUGGAUCAAGAAGCACUACCAUACUACACACCUUCUCCUUCAGUGAGAGUGUGACUCCACAGGUUGAAUACCAAGUUCCUAGACCCAAGAAUAGUGCCUCCAAUUUAUCAGGAUUCAGCUUCAGGUUAUUGACCGUCAUCCAUCACGUUACCACUUCCAAGAACCAAUUCAGGUUCUAAUGGAGUAGAGAUACAGAGUUGGGUGUCAUCAGCAUACAUGACACCAUAACCCAAACCCCCUGAUCACUGUACCCAGCAGCUUCAUAUAAAUGUGAAAUAGCAUUGGGGACAAGAGGAAAUCAUUUGUGGGGGGAGGGGCAGAAGUAACCUAGUUCUACUCCCUGGUGAUGGCCCUGCAUAUAGGAGUGGAAGCAUUGUAUCACUAUGACCCCUAAUAGUGGACAGUGUGAUGACAUGCUACUGCUUAGCUGACCCCUGGUCCGUUGUGUUGCUGCUGCUUCCCAGGAGGUUGAUUGCUUCAAAUAUGUUUUCUGCCAACUUUAUUUUAAAUGUCUUCCCUGAAUGGCUUUCUAUCGUAGCACUGCAGCUCUGGAUGGAGUAGUAUGUGUGUGUGGAGGCAAAUCACACCUGUCCACGGACACUGGACAUUUGCAUGUGCGUAUUGUUGUUGUUUGUUGUUGUUGUUUAGUCGUGUCCAACUCUUCGUGACCCCAUGGACCAGAGCAUGCCAGCCACUCCUGUCUUCCACUUCCUCCCACAGUUUGUAUAGUAAUGUCUGAAACUCUGUACAUCUGUAGGUUGUGUCUUCAACUGGCAGAAUCUGUAUAGUCAAGAGUCCCUGCUCAAAAUGGCUAGACCUUCCAGUUUUUGUAUGGAUGCAGAGUGCAGAGAUGAACAGCUGUGAUUUUUCUCCCUGCCCCUCAACACAUUCAGAGUUGCAUCUGAACAGUGUUGGUGUUCCAAAUGAUUAGAGGUACAUUCAGGAAAAGGGAGGUGUUCAAGGUUUUAUCAGUUAUUACAUAUCCCUAGUUGCAGAGAUCUUUUACCCACUUAAUACAAAUGGGUAAGUCAGAGGCGUAGCUGGAGGAGGAGAGCUCCCCGAGUGCCACACUGCACUUACCGUGAGACCUGGCCUGCAGUGCGCCCAUGCCAUGCGUCUCUCCUGACGCAGUGGCUCGGGCACCUGCAGGUUCCGUGCUGCCCAAAACAGCAGUGUGGGGCUUGCGUCUGCCCGCUGCCUCUCCCUUAGCCGCCCUACAGCUGAGAGGGAGCUGGUGGCGGGACUCUGUGGAGGCUCCAUGCAAUGCACCCUGCCCCAACUUGCCCCGCCCCGUGGGUAGCUCGCCUUGCCCCCAUGGGCACUUUGCCCCGCGCCCAGGCAUGUACCGUCCCAGGUGGCUAGAUACGCUGCUGAGAAAUUUUACCAAUUGCAUACAAAACCCUGAUAAUGUACAUGUCAGGAGGCACCUACAUUGUAACCUACUCUUGAAACCUUUGGUCAGGGGGGGAAAAUAUCUAAAUAUCAAAACUAUCAAAUAUCAAAAUAUCAAAUCCCCGCUACGGGGUGAGUUCCGAUUGUUUGUUCCCAGCUCCUGCCCACCUAGCAGUUCAAAAGCAUGUCAAAGUGCAAGUAGAUAAGUAGAUACCGCUUCCAUGCGCUGCUCUGGUUUGCCAGAAGUGGCUUAGUCAUGCUGGCUACAUGACCCGGAAGCUGUCUGCGGACAAACGUCGGCUCCCUCAGCCUAUAGAGUGAGAUGAGCGCGCAACCCCAGAGUCGUCCACGACUGGAUCUAACGGUCAGGGGUACCUUUACCUUUAUGUGACCUUUAAGUUUCUCAUAUGGAAGACAUUACAUUAAUGUAUUCACCGUAGGCAGGGUGGUUUCUUUAAGCAAGAGAGUAUUUCAGCAAUGCAGUCAUAUACCAGUAGUACCAUUGUGCACAGAUAUUGUUGAGAUAAAACUUUUAGUUGCUGCAAAUGGACCUCCUUCAUCACAACCUGCUCCACCUGGUGAACAUUUUUUUAAAAAUACAAACAAACCCAGUUGUCCCAAAAUGGCUUGCUGUUCUGUUUCAGUCUAAAGUCUCCUGUCACUUUAAGUAUAGUGAUGGUAAAGUAUCUUCUCAUGUGAAAAAAUGGUUUGGUGCGCAAACAAUAUAGAGCAGGCAUAGGCAACCUAAGACCCGUGGGCCAGAUACGGCACAAUCGCCUUCUCAAUCCGGCCCAUGGACGGUCCGGGAAUCAGCGUGUUUUUACAUGAGUAAAAUGUGUCCUUUUAUUUAAAAUGCAUCUCUGGAUUAUUUGUGGGGUAUAAGAAUUCGUUCAUUUUUAUUUUUCCCCCAAAAUAUAAUCUGGCCCACCACAUGGUCUGAGGGAUGAUGGACCGGCCCACAGCUGAAAAAGGUUGCUGACCCCUGCCUGAUAUAGAGUGCACUGGAGGCCAUUGAGCAGGCAGAGAUGGAGGAGCAGUUGUUGUUAAAUAAAUUUCUAUACUGCCCUUCAUCUGAAGAUCACAAGGUGGUUUGCAAUAUAAAAACACAAAAAUGCAUAACACAGUAAUAAACAAAACCAAGCAAAUUAUUAUUAUUAUUGACUUUUAUUUGUAUCCUGCCCUCCCCAGCCAAAACCAAACAAUAAUUAAAUUACCUCCUAAAAACAAGUCAGGGUCAAAUUAAAAUCUAAUUAAACCUAGUUUAAAAAGCCAUAGGUUAUUUAAUUAGCCCAAAGUACUAGGAGAAUAAAAAUAUUUUUGCUUGGCACCUAAAGAUAUGUAGAGAAAGUGCCAGGCAAGCCUGGGGAGUGCAUUCCACAAGUGUGGAGCCACCACAGAAAGGACUUUAUCUUGUGUUGCUGCCUUCCAGGCCUCUAGUGGAGGAGGCACACAAAGAAGGGCUCAGAAAAUGAUUGUGGGGUCCAAGGCAGUUUAUAUGGGGAGAGGCUGGCGAGAGGCAGUCCUUGAGGUAUUGCAGAGAUUUAAAGAUGCAGUUAUGCCUAGUUAUGUCUAGGUUCCCAAAUGUGUUAGACCAUGGGUAGGCAAACUAAGGCCCGGGGGGAGGAUCUGGCUCAAUCGUGUGUGAAUGAUUUUGUAGAAUUUAAGAGUAUGUCUUGAAACUUGUUUGGGUGAAGUACAGAAAGCUUCAAUUGUCUCUGUGGUGUUCUGAUGUGAAGAGGGAUGGACUUAAAAGACCUAACGUGUGCGCAAAAAUAGUGGGAGGCAGAGUAGACCUAUUUAUAUUAAUGGACCUAACUUGGUCAUGUUCAUUUAUUUCAAUAGGUCUACUCGGAGUAAAUUUAGUUGAGAGAGAAAAAAUCUGGGUAAUUGAGAUUUUACAAAGGAGCCACAUAAAUUUCAUAGUUAUUCCAGUGGAAUUAAGAAAAAACUGCAGGCAACUGUAUUGGUUCUUUAGAAGACUUCUAAACUCUUGUAACAGCAACAUUACAACAUAAAGUUGUAAAGUAGUAAGGCACUUUCAGGUUUCCCAGAGUUUUUUCAGGUUAGGUGGAAGAGGAGUUAGAAAAAACCUGACAUGCCCUUUAUCUGGACGCUUUUAUAGAGCAGGGCAGAAAUAGUUUUCAAGGUCACCCUUCAUCUUCAGAGCAGUUUCAAAACUAUCAGGGGAAUAAACCCAGUUACAAAAGAUGCAGACUUACUUUACUUUACUGUAAAGUAAAUGAAGGAAUAUUUAAUUCACAGAACUGUUCGUUAAGCUGGAAGUUAAAUGCAAAAACUAACACACUAUGUCACCUUCAGUUGGUAUUAAUAAUAUACGAUUGCCACAUUUAAAUCUUGCUACUCCUCAAAACUUGCUUGUUGGAAAUUGUGCAAAUGUUGUGAAGCUGUAAAUAUCUCUAAACAAACACUUGGUAAGAAAACUUUAUGGAAUCUAUUUUUCACUGUCGAAUUCCUAGAUAAACAGUAGCUGUAACUGGAGCUUCAAAAAAGUUAGCCUUCCUAUGGAAUCUGGUACUCAAUGAGUUAAUUUUUCAUUUGCAGCUGAAAGUUCUAUCUUCAGUUGCUGUUUUCUGAUUGGUUGCUAAAAGGUGAAAUUGAAAUCACAGUGAACUUUUGACCCCAUAGCAGUUCUUGUGGAACGCCUACCACUUGCAGAGAAAGAGGGUGGGGUUUUUUGCCUCCUUUCCUGUAUUUAUUCUGUGUGAUCGUGCAGCUCCGCAUGCAAUCUUUUGAGGUGGGGGUGGAGGGAGAUAAAGAACAAGUACAAACAAGUAGCUUCCAUGUUCCAGUAACAGCAGAGUUGGCAUUUUCCCUCUAGUUAGCAACACCCACAAUUAAAACAACCUGGCAAAUAAGUAGACUCUCUCCCCUUAAUUUGUUGGAUUCUCUUUCUGUGCAAACGCUAUGGAUACUGACAAUGUAAAAGGCAGACAAUUUGAGAUUAUUUGUCUAACGAACACUUGCAUCCUAAAAUAUUAGGUUCUUUUGGUUUGGAAAUAAGUGGUGGUAAACAUUGGAAAUUCUUGGAGGCCUUUAAUGUCAGCACAAAAAGUCAGCUGACAUGCAGCUAAUAAACAAAGUUUUUUUGAUUUGCUUUAGUAAGACAGCGAUUUUGUUUGCAUUCCAUUUAACCUGGGGAAGGGUCAUAGCUCAGUGGUAGACCAUGUACAAUCCCUGUCAUCUCCAGACAGGGCUGUGACAGGCCUUUUCUCUUAAAUCCUGGAGAGCUGCUGCCUGUACAACAAUGUCAAUGUGGAUGAUACAGAACUAGGUGGACCAAUGGUCCGACUUGGCAUAAGGGGUGUAUGUGUGAAAAUCUCAAUGCUUUGUUGAGUGAAUGAUGGAACACAGUUGUCCUCUCAUGCAACUCUACAGUGGACCCUUAGGUUGCGUUACCUUCUGGGUUUCGCCAUGUGCGCAUGCGCAGAAGCGCUUAAUCACGCCACGUGCGCACGCAGAAGGGCGGCUCUGGUUAUGAAGUUUCUGGGAUGCGGCCGGGCCUCCGGAAUAGAUCCCGUUCGCAACUGGAGGUAUCACUGUAUUUGGUUUCAUUGGUGCAUACAGCAAAACUAAGUGGUGGUUUGUGCCCAAGACCUUUGUAUUUGAAAAAUCCCAGUUAAAUCAUCUUGUAGCAUCCCAAUCCUAAGCAAUUUUUUAAAAUAAAAAAUAUUUAGUGGCACUGUUUUCAACCAAAUUUGCUGUUAAUUAUUUGGGUUUAGUAUUGCAUUCUUGAUGCUAUCAAGGUUUUAUGUUUCAGAUUUUGUUUAUUAAAUGGUUUCUCAUACAGGCAACUCCCCAUUUGCACAUGUUCAACACACACACAACCGCCAAAGUGUGUGCUGUUUUCGGCCCUGGAAGGGAACGGAACAGGGUGGGGUGGGCUUUUCCCUUUCCCGCCGACACAUGUGCCUUGGAAUGCAAUCCCUGUGCAAAUGGGUAAUUGCUUGUAUUAGUUCAAUGUUUACAUGUCUUUAUUCUUAAAUUUUCCUAAGUUUAUUUUGAUAAUAAAGAUUUUUAAAAACUCAGUCAAAUUGCAACCAUUGCUAUGGAGGAAAAUAGUUUGGAUUUUCAAAUUAGAAAACCUUUAAUGUUGUUUCACAAAUUAGAUGUGAACAACAGCACAGUUCUGGAAGAUAAAAAAAGGAGUUGAAAUUAGCCAGUCUAAACUGUAUUUAAGCAUUUAGGCAUAGAAUUGUUUAUUUUUAAAAUUUACUUGCUACUGUGACAAUAGAUUCAUAAUCUGAGUGACUCUACUAAUAAAUGGAGGUGCUUAGCUUAGUAUUCUAAGAACGUAAUUGACAUGAUAAACAUUUUAGCCAUUUUCAGUUUUCUGAUAUUGAUAAUUUUUUCUUUCCUCUGGACUCAAGAGAAAGUACUGUGGCGACAGUUGAAAUCUUGUGUUUUAACUUGAGGCAUAUUAUCUAGACAGAGCUUGCGUGCAAUAAUUCCAGUGGACUAUUACUAUGUCAGAGUGAUUAUUUAAAAACAUUUUGCUUAAUCAUCUUGUAACAGCUCAUGUUUGAAAGAAGUGUAGCGCAUGUAAGGCUUAUGACUGCAAACUGCUAAUUUUUGAUGGUUAUUGUUUCUGUUAUACACUUUGAUCUGGGGUACAGUAGAGGUAGAAUCCUUGUAUAUAGCCUUGCCUGUAGCAUCAAAGGAACAAUGAAUUUAAUAUGAUUAAUAUCAAAUUCUCUUUACCCCGCCCCCCUUAGGUGCAGUUCACCUCGAAACAGUAAUAGCAAAAUGCAUUCAUAAUGAUACUCUGUGGCCUCUGUUCUAAUCAGUGUUCCCAAGUAACAGAUAUUGUAGUUUGACUCUCCUCGCCUCCCGCAGUCUUUUGUCUAGCGUCGUUUUACACUGUACACACUGGCUAUUUUUAUUUCUCAUGCAAGGUAUCUUUGGAUUUACUGUGCAUGUAUUUCGAUACAGGAAAUCAUAUUACAAACCAGCCUUUUUUUGGUGAGAUGAGUUGGCGUUUUAUUAUAUCCUGACCAAACAUUUAAUUAGGAAUAAUUAAUUAAUGGUUGGCACAAAUAAGUUACUGGUACUUAAGAAUGUCUCUGUGAAGCAAUUGUCUUUUAUCAAAUUCAUAGCCUUUUCCAAAAUCAUUUGAAUUUCCCUCUAGUAUUAAUGGUCCAAUAGAGUCUUAAAGGAUUAAUAUUUUAAAAUCACAUGGCAUUCGGUUAUGAAAUUUGAAAACUGUCCUCCAUAUAUCUGCUAGCAUUUGCUUUACCUGUGAUCACAUAAUACCUCAUUUAUUGUGCAGCCUAUUCAGUUGGGUGCUCCACAGAAAGUAGUUCUAGACUAUAUUCUCUCUUGAUAUAAAGAACCUCUCAGCAACCAUGCAGAAGUAUUUCUAUUUGUCAGAAUUUUUUCUACUGUAGCCCUGCCCCAUACAAACUUUUGAAAUGCCAGAGAGAGAGAGAGUCAAACUCUGUGUGUGGCAGGCCACAAGAAGCUGAAUAGCUCAGCUGGUUAGAGUGUGGUACUGUUAACACCAAGGCUGCAGGUUUAGUCCCCUUAAGGGUCAGCUGCAUAUUCCUGCAUUUCAGGGGGAUGGACUAAGAUGAUCCUCAGGGUCCUUUCCAACUCUGUGAUUCUAAGGACCCUCCCCCAGUGUUUUAGUAAGAUGUCUUUUUAUUGGAUGGUUUGCAGUAUUAACUACCAAAAAUAUUGAAUCUUAUAAUAUUAGUAACUACUUGUUUCUGAGCUGCGUUUACCAGUUUUGUGGCUGUUUACUAUUGUACACCGUAUUUGUCAUACAUACAUAGUGGUGUCUUUGGCUGCAGUAAUAGAAAACUACUAAAUAUACUAUCUUACGUUACAAAAAUGAACUAAAAUUAAGUUUUAGUUAAAAAAAUUAUUUUACUUUUGACUCAAAAUUGUAAUAGACUUUGUAUGGAUCCCUUAAAAUGCUUGAGAAAGUUGGUCAUCCUACUCCAGUUAAAGUAGCAAUUUAGUACUGUGGAAUUCCCGGGGCCAUAGCCUUUCAGUACCCAAAGACAUGAUCUCAUUCAUAGUUUAUGGCACUUAACGUUUUCACUGCUGAAAAUUGAGAGCUAACUGCUGUUUAUUCCCAUUGCAAAUCUAAACUAUGCAACGAGCAUUCUGUUUGUCUUUAAAUGAAGUGUGCCAGACAAUUUAAUAAACUUGAAUAUAUGUCAUUUUUUUUGCUGGUCUGCAGUUUGUCCUGAAUGCAAAAUCCACUUUGGCUUCUUAUUUCUUCCCACCCCUUACAAAUGACAGUUUUUUUACUCUGAGCAAAUUCAUCUACUUUUUAGGUGUUUUUUGGUUUCUGUACCCAAUAUUUCAUUUUGAGACCUGUACCUUUGUUCAGUUGUCACACCAACUCAAUUCCCAGCUCAUAACUUGGUUUGCUAAAACUUUCCCAGAAAUAUAAUUUCUCCAUUUCUAUACAUUCUACAAUCCAGAACCUCCCUUGCUAUACAUUCAUCAUAAAAAUGCUGCUGACUUUUAUUAUUGUUAAUAUGUCAAAUAUGUCAUCCCUUAUUCUCAGCCAUGAGACAUCACUUCAGGGACAUAAUCACUUCUGUAGUUCAGGCUUGUAUUGUAAAUGCUUGAUUAUACUAAGCAUAUUUGUGUUCCAUGCUGUAGCACUAUUUCCUAGAGGGAAAUACUGUAUAGUGGAAUAAAUAGUUUGUAUGGCUUAAAUCACACAGAGAACCUUUGUUAUUGGGCAGAAAUAGUCUUAUGUAUUUCUAAUAUCUUCCUGUCUUCCACUGAAUAUUGGUUCAUCCAGACCAACAUUGUUUUAGAUGGGCUAGUGGCUCUCCAUGUUUUCAAUACAAAGGCUUUGCCCAGACUUGAGAUAUCUGUUAACUAUCCAGGUAUGAAGCUUAGGACCACCUGCAUGCAACGCAUGUGCUCUGAGGUAAGGCUUUUGGAACAAUGUGGCACCUCUGCUCGUCCUAGGUACCAGGGACUGACUUUAUUUUUGUUGGCUGUUUAGAUUUAUAUGGCUGGUUAUCAAUAAAAUUCUCUGGUUAGCUUAAAAAUGACAGUAGUACAACCCAAUAUACAGUAAUUAAAAUCAACAGUAACAAAUAAAAAAACAACAGAAAAUAUUCCUUGUAAAAGAUAGCAUAAAUUGUUUACAGCUCAGAUUAAGGCCACUGUAGCCUCAACAGCCCAAUAUUAAUUUAAGCACAAUAUUUAAAAAAUCUUGGAUGAACAAAGAGUGUCUUCACCUGGCAUUGAAAAGGCCAUAGAAACGGUGCCAGGCAGGCCUCUCUAGGGAGAGUUUCAGGCCACCACUGAAAAAGGUAUCUUGGUUAGGAAUAUUUGGGAGGAGGGAGAACUUUUCAUGCAACCUGCUUUCAAACUGUUCACAGAUAUAAGAGUUAAAGACAGCACUUUUAAUUGGUCCAAGAAACAGAUUGGGAGCAGUCUUUCUUUUUUACCAACUCAUGUUGCCUGCUUUUCAGAAAAAUAAUGUUCUGGCAUCCACCACAACAGUUCUUUGGAGGUUGUAGCUUUGAUUUUGCCAUAUUUUCUUGGAGCUCUUAGCUGUGGAAAGAUCAGGAACAUCAAAUCUCUGUACAUGCCCUGCUUGAUUUUUGCCUGGUAAAGCUCCCAAUAGUUAUAAGUGGUGAUAUGCAAAUAAUACUUUUAUUUCACUGAGGAAUAUUGUUUGCAAAAAGUAGUGCUGGGGCUUAGUAUGAAAACACUAACUUGAAUCUUGAAAGUAAGAAAGGUAGGCUAAUUUCACUUAUUGUACUAGUGGCUUCUUUUCAUGUAGCUUGCUCCCUACAGGUCAUGUUGUUUAGUUAAAAACUAGAAACAAAAAUAGAUUGCCAUGAAAGUAAACGUGAAGAAUAAGUUCAGUAGCUGUAAUUUAUUGUUAUACAGUAAGAUUGCAAUUUAGGUGCCAUCCCACCUGCCACUGAACCCAAUUUUGACUAAACACAAUUUUGGCUUUAGGUGUGAUCCCUGGAACAUAACUCCUGUGUAAGCUGUGGACUUACUGUAUUACCAUUUUUUAAGGAUAUGUCCUUUCAUAGGCUAGCACAUAUUUUGGUACAAAGAAUCUAAAUAAAAGAAAGGUCAAGCUGAAUGAAUUAUUUCAGUCUUUGCUCACUUUAUUGACAUUCGUGAUUUUACUUCUACUAGUAAAGGGAUAGCAGUGGCUUAUUCUUAAAAGGUAGCUUUUCCCAUAUUGAAGUGAAACCUUUGAACUCUUGACCUUGACUUGGUAUUGCCAUGUAGAAUGCAUUACAUACAGCUAUUGAAGUCAAAAUUUCCUUUUCAAGUCCUGUGGUUUAUGAAAAUUUGUACAUAUUGGCCUGAAUUGCAGGACAGCUGAUAUUUAUCAAGGGUAACAGGAGCUUUACUCAUUUUCACAUUUUUAACCAAAUUUUGAAACCUUUUUGUAUGCACACAUGUUCAGCAUAUGUGUCUGAGCUUUGAACAUUUUGUUUUGAAGUGUAUUGGCUCUCAUUAGCUCAAGAGUGCAAAGUAUAAAACUUUAAUAAGCCUCAUACAUCAAACUUCUGCAUAGCAAUAUUAUUAUGUAAUACGACACAUAAAAUUGAGAAGUAUGUGGUAUGUUCAAAGCUUUAAAUAUAUCUGGAAAAGUUAUUUUUAUCAACUGAUAGUUCAAAAUGCUCAUAUGAAAAACUUUGAGAGAGAGCCUCUCAGUGGCCCUAAGGCUGAAAUAAGGGCUCUCGGGGACACACAUUCUAGCAGAGAUUUAAACUGAUAGAAUAACUUUCACAUUCUAAUUCUCCAAUUUAUGCAACUUGGUGUUAAUUGUGAUUAAGGUUUUUACCUGGGUUGUGGAUUGAACUGCUCCUCUUCAUUUCUAUUUUUACACAUUACUGUUUUUGAGUUAGUUUCUUCCUGUUACUGUGGUAACUCAAUAUAUUGAUAUGCAGAUCACACUGACUUGCAGCAAGGUAACAGAAGGCUCUAGGUGACUGGUGUAGAUAAAUGCAAUUGUUAUCCUAGACUAGUGUGUUAAAAUGUGUCUUAGGAAUCAAUCAGCAAUAUGUGGCGGUAUCCCUCCUUCUAAGAGAAAGCUGCAAGUGUUAAGCAAAUGCCAAGAGACUGCUCCAAAAUAUUUUUUGUUUAAUAACGUCCUUUAUAAUUUACCAUAUGUCAGAUGAAUGAACAAGAAUGUGGCAGCAUGUUUCAAACCAGUCUGUUUCAAGGAUAAUAGGGGAAAUGUUUUUCGUUUAACGUUUAAGCAUAAAAACAAUACAAUGUGGAUUCUGCAGAGACCUAGCAUGCCACAUCUGCCUCCUGUGCCAUUCCCCACCCCCAGAACCAUCCUUGCUUCUCCUUGCCUACCCAUGUUCUAAAGGGUCUGACAAUCCUCUUGAGCAGAUUUUGGGUGUGCUGCAGAGGAAAGCAAUUUGUGCAAAAUAAUGCAAGUGCUUGAACAUUGUUGACAAACUACGCAGCUAGGGAACAAAUCAUAUUUGCGAUACUAUUUCUAAAGAUUUUUAUGUAAGGGUAGAGGUAGGAUGAGGCAAGAAGCUCUUAGAAUGGUUGAGGUGAUAUCAUUUGAUAAUCAUAAAUUAUCUUUAGAUUUAGCCUUAAGAGGAUUGCUCACAAAUUCACAAACUCUAAAGAUGUUCAGCAAAGUUAACACACCUCUUUUAAGAUUAAGAAUACCACCACCCUUUUAGUAGAAAAAAGCACUGGAAACACACACACACACACACACACACACACGAGAGUCGGGGGCUUCCGCUUGGCUGCUGCCAAGGAGAAGCAAGGAUGGUUCUGGGGGUGGAGGAUGGCACAGGAGGCAAAUGUGGCAUGCAAGAUCUCUGCAGAGGCAGUAGCGGCAGCAGGGCCAAGGCCAAUUAGGGUUCUAAAGGUCAGCUCCAACAUUUUGAAUUGUACUCAAAAAGCAUACUGGGAUCCAAUGUAAUUCUUUUAGGACUAGUGUUAUAUGGUUCCAGCUAUCGUUCCUAGUCACCAGUCUAGCAGCCACAUUCUGGAUUAGUUGUAGUUUCUGAGUCACCUUCAAAGGUAGCACAUUGUAGUAGUCUUUGCAGGAGAUAACCAGAGCAUGUGCCACUCUGGCGAGACAGUGCACAGCCAGGUCGGGUCUCAGCCAACGUACCAGAUCGAGCUGGUAAACAACUGCCCAGGACAUAGAAUAAACCUGCACUUCCAUGUACAGCUGUGAUUCCAAAAUGACCCCAAGGCUGCACACACCUGGUCCUUUGGGAGCACAAUUACCCCAUUCAGGACCAGGGAGCGGGCCAAACCUGCCGGCCCCCUUUCCCACAGAAACAGUAUUUUUGUCUCGUUGGGAUUCAGCCUCGAAUCUGUUGUCCGCCAUUCAUCAUAAUAAAUGUGAUGCACACAUGGAAUGUGCCCCAGUCCUCAAAAAUAUUUGAAGAGGUCCUCUGUCUUGGUUGAGGAAUGCAGGGCUAUACCAUGAAUGCAUUGAACCAAGUCAAGGCACGUCAGGCCAGUCUGCCAAGUGGUGGAUUUCCAGUGUCUUUGAAAUAGAAGGUUAAAUUUUAUGUGUUGGAACCAUGCACACAGGAGCAAUGAUAGUGCUUCUUGGUUUGACUGUUGCCCCCACAAAUAAAACUGGUGUCACAUUUGUUUUGCUGAGUAUAAAUCAUCUUGCAAGCAUUGUGCAAUGUCCCAUGGAAUUGUGUUGGCAUUAGCUCCAUGUCUGGCUUAAAAGCAUCUGGGAUGUCAGCUACAGACCUCCGGGUAUAGGGCUGCAUAUAAAUUCAGUUGUUAAUAAGAAUAAUAAUAAAAAAGUAAUAAUAAUAAUACAAUAACUGCUAUACCAGGCACAUUGUUUUCUGUUUGCUUUGCUCGCUGGCAUGUAAUAAUUGCUUCCAUAAGUGAGGCAUUCCUUUCUGGUGAGGUAAGAACAUGUAAGUUGUGUCUUGCACCGUUUAGUGAAGUAGUUGCCCUCUGCACACUCAUUACAGGUUUCACCAGAAUCUUUGCACUGCCUGGGCUUGUGGAUGCACCUAUAUCUUCAGCAGGAAAUUGUCUUUUGCAGCUACGAGGCUGUCUGCUGCAGAGGCUUGCCUCAGGGACUUUCUUCUUCCUCAAGAAGUUCUGGGCUCUUGUGCUGAAUGGCAAUAAUAAUUAUUUCUGCAGUCAUUGCUGUUCUCUGAGCCCUCAUAAGGACCUUUGCUUUGCAGAUGUUAAUUAUUUGUGCUAGAGACAAGUUAGGGUUUUCCAAGAGCUUCUUUUUGAGCUUCCUGUUGAAAAUACUGAAAACAAUCCUGCAGCUGAGCAUUAGAACUGUAGAUGCCCCAAAUUCACAAUGUUGUGACAAGACUCUACGCCUGCUGCCUCAUCACAAGGAUGUUCCCAGAACUGGAACAGCUCAAAACAGGGUUUCUCCUGGGAUCACAUUUUUUGCUGGACUACAGCUCUCAUCAUACUUGACAAUUGGAUGUGAUAGUUGGAGUUGAUGGGAGUUGUAGUCCAUCAAAAUUUGAAGGGCACCAUGCACUAUUCCUGCACUAAGGGCUUCUGUUACUUUCCUGUUCGUUGGCUCUGCAUAGAUAUUAGGAACAUUGUAUAUUUCUAAACAAUUCUCUCCUGUGCAGUGCAGCACCAUAGCAAUUUUGUAGCACUCUGAUUCUUACUCAUCUUUUGUAACUGCUAGGUAUACAGUGGUACCUCGGGUUACCUACGCUUCAGGUUACAGACUUCGCUAACCCAGAAAUAGUACCUCUGGUUAAGAACUUUGCUUCAGGAUGAGAACAGAAAUCGUGCUCCGGCGGCGCAGCGGCAGCAGGAGGCCCCAUUAGCUAAAGUGGUGCUUCAGGUUAAGAACAGUUUCAGGUUAAGAAUGGACCUCCGGAACGAAUUAAGUACUUAACCCGAGGUACCACUGUAAUUGUAUUCUGUAUUCCCAUUUCCCCCUAAGUUUCCACAUUCCCUGUUAAUAGGCCUGAAACCCUUCUCCAGGUGGUUUUGUGAGGAGGGCAGAUCUAACUUAUAAAAUACCAGUUGAUGAUAGCUUGAUGGGUCUUCCUGGACUAAUUUAUUUGUUAAUGGCCAGAAGCAAAAGAAUCUCAUAACUGGGUCUGGAUGCCCAAGAGGUAUUUGGGCUUUUGCUUUUCAAACACUGUUCCCCAUGCCACACCUUGUUUUUCAAGUGCUCUUCCCAAACAGAAAUAGCCUUUGAGGAGGACAGCCCAAACCACCCUCUCCAUUUGCCCCUCUUUCAUUGUGACUGGCUAGGUGUGAGUUAGGAUUCAGGAUUCAGCCUUUUGUUGCUUUGUGGUGCGUUUGCAAAGGACACCCUCAGUCAGUCAGCUCAUUGUACACUCAGGUCAGAGCCAGUCCAGCGGGGUCUUAACAAGCAAUUUCCAUGUGUAAAUGUCAUGUGGCUAUGAGAGGACACAGAGGACAGCUAAAUCCAAGUAGCACCAUAAAUUAAUCCAGUAUGUAGUCCAGAUCCUCCCAUAUAUUCUAAACAUAUUUUUGUUGUAAUUUCUAAGAGGAAAUAUUGCCAGUAUGCAAGGGUGAUUUAGCAAGUUAAAUUCCCACCCUUUUGCUCCUGCUGUUGGAAGAGGAAAUUGUUUUCUAAGCUCCAAGCCUUUAGGGAAGUUUCUGCCACCCCAAGGGAUUUUCCCUGUCUCCUCUUUCUUCUCCCCCCCCCCACAAUGCCCCCUGAAAUUUGCCCUGUGUGGGUCAAGAGAGCAGCAGAAGAGCGCACAGGGACGUGAGCGGAGGAAUCCUUCCAUUUGGCAAGCUGCAGUGCUUGUGCAGACAGCAUGUUCAUGAUAGCACAAAACUGAAUUCCGCUGUUAAUGUGUACUUUUUCCUCAAACUCAUAAUAUAUGUGGUGGCUUCACUCUUUACUCCUUGAUACUGCCAGAUAAAAUUUAUGUUGCUAAGUUAGUAUGCAUAAAUAGAUGAAAUGUGCUAUUAAAACACUGGAUCAGACUUAAAUCAGGUUCUUUUCUUUGCCGCUGUUUCUUCUCCUGUCUUUCACAUUGCUUACACCAGAGCAACAUUUGAGUUAUAGGAUUUAUUCCAAGACUGUCUGCUGAAUCUGAAGGCAGAAGUCGUCUGGCAUUUAUUUUCAGCUGAAAUAUGUUUGUCUUGAACCAGAGGCUAAGGCUUUGGAAUGCUUUGCAAGACUGCUUUGAGGCUUCAGACUUUUUCUCAAACUGAGCUCUUGUCUCUCUAAUUUAAAAUGUACUUUUGCUAGCAAAUGGAUAUUGUUUUUUGUCGCUGUGACUCUUGGCUGUUAACUUUUUAAUUACAUUUCAGAAAUAUGUUUAGGAAAUAAAAAAUUGCAAUUGGUGCUCUUCAGGCAUUUGAACUUUCUGAAACCAUCUUAAGUAGUUAAAUGCCUCUUGUACCUUAUUGAACAAUAGUUGUUACAACUUGGGAAAGGAGAAACCAGUAAAGAGUCUAAACCAUCAGUGAAUUAUGACCAUGACAAAUCCCUCUCAUGUCACAGUGAUUAUAAUUAGGUCUACUAAACCUGUUGAAACAUUUCAUAUGUAAGUUGAUACUGGCGAUAUACAACAAUAAUGGAAUUAAUUUUGAAUAUUUCCUAAGAAUGUUAGAUGAGCUCAGCUAGAUCUGACCAUAAGCCCAUCAUGUCCAGUGUCAUGUUCUCAAAGUGACCAGCCUGAUGCCUAUUGGAAACUCACAAGCAGGGCAUGAAUGCAACAGAACUCCGCACAUGUGUGAUAAUCAGCCCAUGUUCUUAUGCCAAUAUGCAGAGUUCUGAUCAACUUGGGACCAGGGUACAAUAAAGAUGAUGACCUGAGCUCUUAUAACCCAACUUGAUCACUGAGAUCAACUGGAGGAGCACUGCUAGUUGUUACAGAGGCCUGACUGGCUUCUAUAAGUUGGGCAUCUAGUGUUGCCAGUCGCCUGCUGCACAAUAUUACUACAGCAAGUUUCCUUCUUUUGACUUUCAGGUGCCUCUUUUAUACCAGGAGGUCUUUGCCGCUUUUAAAAUUGGUUAGGCAUUUACUUCUAUGAUUAUAUUGUUUGUAAUAAUGUUUAAUUGUUGUUUACUGCCCUGGUAUUUUUAUGAUAGGUGGUGUAGAAAUACUUUUAUAAAUAAACAAAUGGGAUGGCGCGUGUGGGGACUGCAGCAAGUAUUAGACAUUGUUGGAAUUUGGGGAUGGGGGCUGUCCGGCAUAUACAUGAGACCUUUUGCAAUUCUGCAACUAUAAUUUUAAUUGGGACAGAGUAACUCAGAGUAAGAUAUACACAAUCUGUGUUCAAUGCUGUAUCAAAAUCGUAAAGUUCUUACACACUGUGUUCACUGUUUUCUUUCAGAAAGUGUUUUAAACAUAUGUUUAUGUCCUGGAGGGCAAGAUUUUCUGUGGUAAGUACCCUACCUAACUUUUGACUUAAGUUAAAUGUUUCCAAGUUGUAUGAUACAUAACAGACACAUUAGAAAUGGCUAACCUCAGUUGAUUGUUUGUUAAAUUUGCAAACAUUAGGACCAUAGAAGAUUAUAACUAUGGCAUAUCCAAAUAUUCCAGGCUCAAGCACAGUUUGUCUGGUUUGGCUGUAACAAACUGUGAUUAGUUGAAAGUGGAAGCAAGUUCUUCGGAUCACCUCAUGACUGCACUGGAGAAGGGUGGGAUGUAGGCUUGUGGACAUCUUUAGUGUUAAUGUCUUAAUGUGGCCACUGUAUUUCAUACUAUUUUGGCAUCUUAUGUUUCUCAAGAGGGUCUCUGCAAAGCCCCAUGUUAUAGCUUAGCUCAAACAGCUUCCUCAGUUUCAAAAAUGGUUUGCCAUUUAAGAAGCAUAAACUCAGAGCCCUCUUGGGGGCAUAGCAAUAGUUUUGUGGUUUUUGGAUUCCAGCCAAGUCUGAGUAAAUAUGAAAGUAAUUUUUAAUUCCAGUGGUUCAUCUUGUUUUAAUGUAAAUGAGUAUAACACUUUAUUUUUCAAUUAAAACUACUUGAAAUAUCUUUAAUUUCCAACUUAUUUUAAAAGACCUGCUUAUUGCAUAUUUUGUUACCAUUGAAUAUUUUAAAUAUAUAAAUACUAGUUCUAGCUGCACAACUAAAAACAAUAGUUAUGCAUUUAAAAUAACAUUGUAAUAUCCUGCAAGUAAACUUGAAUCUUUGAAAUAAAAAUGUUAGGUAUGGUAGCCAGUUUCAAAUAGCUUUAUGCACAAAGCUUCAAACCGACUAAAGCAAAGCAAAGGCAGAUAGCCACAAAAACAGGAAAUCCUUUUGUGUAUCCUUCCUUAGCAGCCCUGAACUACGUAUUAAACUCACACCCUUUUAUAAAUGACUAUUAAGCUUUUCUGUUGAAUAUUCAUUUUCUAUGAUAAAGUGCCUUCAGUUCUUUUUUUAUAAGAAUUGCUCACUCAUCUAAUUCUCUUCUUUAGUUGCAAAUAAUUUGCUUUAAAAGUUCCUCAUAACUGGAAAUGGGUUUCUACUAUUAGAGGAUUUAAGUUUGAUGUUAGAGAACAAAAUACUAUAUAAGGCAAACCAUUCUAAAAGGUGGGCUUAUAUAAUAUAUUGAAUAGGAGCUCAGAAGAGGUUAUCCAUUCCAUUCAGAAGUACAGAAGGGCAAGGACAAUAGGGACAUGAGAGGGAAUACAUGCCCAGGAGCACUGUCUACAAGCAGCAUCUUUUUAAGCUGCAAGUGUUCUCUCCUACACCACUGAUGAAAUGAAGCAGUUGUGGAACCAGUGCAGAAAUGAAGAAGUCACCCAGACCUUUUUGUUGGAUUGCCAAAGCACAGGAAGCAGAUUCUUGAUUUAGGGCAUGGGUUUUUUUGAGACCUGUUUAGCAAGCCUAGCUUUAUUAAGUUUCAAAUUCAUAAGAUUAUUGUUCUAGCCAAAAGUCAUGACAGACUUGUAGCAAUAGCAUUAAUAAAAUAAUACAGAACAUCCAUCCAUAAAUAAACCAACACCCACAAUGAAAAAGAGAGGUUACCAGAGAACUAAUAAGCUUAAAUCCAGCUUGAUUUCAGAUUAAAUCACCAAAACAACUUAGAGGCUUUAUCUAACUCCUUUCCCCCAUUAUUAUUAUUAUUAUUAUUAUUAUUAUUAUUAUUAUUCUUUUAUUUGCAGCAUAGGGGGCCACUCUGUGUGUUAUGAAGCUAUCAUUGUCUAAAAAGAAACCAGACCAAUGUAUUAAGUGUCCAGCCAUAUUGCCACAGAGCAGCACAGUUGCUCUAUCCAGGGGUUCUUUUUUCAGCUUUGACAAAGCAAGUCCACUAAGGCGUUUGCUUCCAGAAAAGCCCUGCCUUGUCUGUGUUGAAGACUUGCUCUGGAAGGUAUGCUUUGUCGUCCAGUAACUGCUUUAGUUGCACAAGGUAUGUUUUUGCAGCCUCUUUGCAGAUGCAGCCUCCCCUGUCGUUCAGAUAUUAUUCAGGUUGAAGCAGAUCUUAAAACUGUUAAGCCAACUUGGGUUGGCUUUAAAUUCCUUGGUAGGCCAGUCCCCAUUUGUGGUGGAAAGUCUGAAGUGGUCAUAUAGGCUUGGAACCUUUUGAUGCAAGAUGCUGCCAUCCAUAGGAGCACGUUUCCAGUUUAUGCCUUCUAGCCACAAGUGUAGUGCUUUCUCCUGUAUUCACCAAAGCCUUUUCCUGCACCUCACUGGUCACCUUUGCAGUCAGUGGUGUGCUUGCUGCCACAGCCUCACAGAUCUCCUUCUCAUGCACAUUGAGGGCAUGGAUGAUGGACUAAUUACAGCCGCAUCUGAGUGCCACAGUACACACAGACAUGCCAUCUCUGAAGCAGUCCAGUAGAGCCAACUUCUCUUCCAGUGUGGGAUCCACCCUCCGCUUCUUGGGUUUCCCAUCAGCGGAUGAUGGUAAUGCCUUGUGUUUUGGGCCCACUCUGUGGUCUGAAGCUCUCCAAACACCUCCACAAAUCUCUGUGGCCUCCUCCAGUCACCCUCUUCAUCUGCCUCUUCCACAGCCAAACACUUUCAUGAAGACUUUUGGGAUUGCUGGCCAUUUUUUAUGUCCUCACACCCUCAUCGCUCCCCACCCCACCCUGUGUGCCACUUUUGCACCAUUUUCUUAGUUUCUCAUUGUGUGUGCAAUUUUUCGUCAUUUUUUUUAAAAAAAAUUUGCAACAUGUGUAAAGCUGUGAGCACAUAUUUUAAGUAAGUGUAAGAUGCAAGUUACCUGUAUUUGUAUUCUGUUUGUGUUCUACAAUGAGCACCAGUUGUUCGGCCUCUUCUGUUAUAUUUUAAUAGCUAAGCCUUGUCCUAAGGUACAGUAUUCACUACAUCUUGGAAACAUUAUCAGGCAUUUAUAUAUCAUGGGUAUCUAUUCUUGGAUUAUUCUGUGGCCAACUGGCCAUUAAUUUUAUUGAACCAGAACCUGAUAGGAUGUUGACUACAGGUUUACUGUUAACUGUCUGGCAUUGCAGAAAUGAAUUAUGCAUUCACAUAUGAUUAUUCUUGACUGCAUAACAUGAACUUCUGACUAAUAAUAAACCAGUAGGCAAAUGAAAAUGUCAGACUGUAUCAUUAUUUCCAAUUCAUGAUUUGAAGACAGUCUGGAAACUGAAGGCCCUCCUACUUAUUGGCAAAUGGGUAGCUGAUGUGGGGAAGAGGGAAGAAAAGGUGUAUAAUGGCUAUUGUGGGUGGAGGAAUUCUAAGCAUUAAAGUUAGUAAAACUCAGGUGUCUUAUAAUGGUUUGCUGUCCAGGCUAUUAUAAGGGACCUCAAUCCACUCUUGAGUCUUACCCAUUUUAAUACUUAAAAUACUAUUGAAUACAAUAAAAGCUUCUUCCUUUAAUUUUAUCAGUCAAGACAAGAUUUUAUCAGUUAAGGUGGCUGAAAUUUAGGCUAUUUAAAGUCAUAUAUGUAAAAUGAAAUAAAUUACAGUUAUACAAUAAGCAGUUCUGAUAAGUUAUUGUAAAAAAGGAAUUAGUACAUUUUGACCUAUUGAUAUGGAUACAAAAUGUACAUUUUGUUAUAGCAACCAUGAGUGCUUUGCUGGGUAUGAUGCUCAUAAUACUCAAAUCCCCAACUGAACAGCAUCCUGAAAGCUGAACAGCAUCCUGAAACAACCAAACAAACAGAAUACCUCCUAUCUGCAACUUGCGACAAAGCAAGAAGGAGAAAGCCCUCUCAUGAGUGUGUGUCUUGUAUUUUACCUCUUUUACAAAGGGAAGAAAGGCAAAUGCAAGGGAAAAGAUGAAGAGGUAAAGUAUGUGGGAUAUAACAAUAUAGGACUCUGGCCGCAUACUGUGCCCUGUGUGAAGGUCUCACCCUUCCCCUCACAUUUUAAGAAACACACAUAGAGAAUCUUGCUUGAAAGCCCCCAAAACUUGAAGCUGGUACAGUGCAAAAAUUAAGGUAACUUCAGAAAAUAGUUUGGCUAUUAAAAGCCAAACUUCAUCGUAAAGGAAAGGAAGACUACACCCACUUGAUAUUGCUACUUGGCAAAUUAGAAAUAGAAGAUUUUAUUUUAGGGGAUUUUAUAAUUUAUGCAAAUACAGAAACUUGUAGGUCUUUGCAAUAGUUUCCAGCUGCUAACGCUAUAUACAGUCGUACCUUGGUUCUUGAGCAGAAUCCGUUCCGGAAGUCCGUUCAACUUCCGAAAAUGUUCAAAACCCAAUCGCAGCUUCUCAGCCAAUCUGAAGCCCUGUCGGACAUUUGGGUUCCAAAGAACAUUUGCAAACUGGAACACUCCCUUCUAGGUUGGUGGCGUUCAGGAGCCAAAACGUUCGAGUUGCAAGGCAUUUGCAAACCAAGGUACGACUGUAUAUCUAUUUGCAGGUAUUCAGCUCCUAAGCAUUGUAGGAUUAAACUGGUGGACCAAAUGCAUGAAAAGAUUAAUGACACAUGUUUACAGGAUGUAAUGAGCUUUUAUCAGUUCGCACAAUUAUAUUUAUUUUAAAAAUACCUAAUCAUAAUCAAAAAUAGGAGAAGAUUUUUUUGACUGAAGUACCUUUUUUAAAUUAUAGACUUAAAAAUGCUUGCUUAAUGCUGUUAUUCAGGGCUGCUAAUCAUAAGUGCCCAAGCUGCACAUUUUUGCAAAGUUCAAAGAUAUUAUCACAUGCCAUGGUUUAAGCUUCCUGCUUUCAGUAACACUAGAUGGAAGGUUUAUCACUAGAAUAUGUUCAUGUAUUUCUUGGAAUAGUUUUUCAAAAGCUAACUUCUUCAAAACUUGUUGAUGACUAAAUAAAAAUCAUGUGGGGAAGGGAGAGCUGCUGACUUGUUUAGUUCUGCAGUGAUAUUUCAGCUGCUGCCUUGGAAGGCAGAGAGACUUUUGCUGUUGUGGGUGAAGCAAUUGGCUGGGACAGAGACUUUGACCAAACUGCAAGGGGCCCUGUUGCAUGGGUGUAGCUACACUACCACAGUCACUGUCUUUGGACACAUCCACGCCAUACAUUUAAAGCACAGGGCUCCGCCAAAGAAUUCUAAGAACUACAGUUUGUUAUGAGUGCUGAGAAUUGUAGCUGUGUGAGGGGUAGACUUUCAGGGUUUUUUGAGAGAAACAUGUAAUUUAGCUCUAUGGGGUGGAUGUCCUCCUGUUCCUUGCUCUCCACCCACCCAUACAACUUCACAUCUGUAUUCAUAUUGCUGUCACAUCAUUUUUGUCCUGCACAGUAUUGAAGUAAAAGCAUGUGGGUUUUGUAGCAGUAAGUAAUCUACUCUUAAAGGAACUAAGCUACCAGCACUGACCGGAAGUCCGCAGUAGCUGGUGGAAGUCAGGUAUUACGUUUAACUGAAGUGAGCUGAAUCUUUAGUUGAAACUGAAUUGCCACCAACUCUGGAGGUGGAAAUGGCUUCAGCAACCACAGGAGCCUUUUUAUGAACUUGCUGAACAUGUGUUGAAGUGUCCAUUUCCCUAGGGAGCCUGGAUGGUUGAUUGAGCUGGGCAGCAUUAUGAAAUUAUCAGGCCCUAAGUAUGAUGGCUCCUACCAACCUAGCAGUUCGAAAGCAUGUCAAAGUGCAAGUAGAUAAAUAGGUACCACUCCGGCGGGAAGGUAAACGGUGUUUCCGUGUGCUGCUCUGGUUCGCCAGAAGCGGCUUAGUCAUGCUGGCCACAUGACCCGAAAGCUAUACGCCGGCUCCCUCGGCCAAUAAAGCGAGAUGAGCACCGCAACCCCAGAGUCGGCCACGACUGGACCUAAUGGUCAGGGGUCCCUUUACGUUUAAGUAUGAGGGCUCUGAAAAGAUAAAGCUUUUUCUGAGAACGCUGAGAUGAACCAAUGUAUUAUGAGGUGUUCACUUUUUUAUAAAGCUUAAUGGGGAAAAGGUGAGCUUCCUGGACUUGUGCAGCUAGGAAAACAAGAAUUAACCUUCCCUUUGCAGCUGCAAUCUCCAGGAAGAUCACUGCCCCACCCUUCAACAAGAGAAAACUCUUUCCAAGUCUAAUUGCAGCAGCAGAGGGGAAAUUUUGGGAGUGCUGUCUAGCUGGGAAGGGAGUGGUAACCCUUACCUUCCAAGCUGCAACUGCCUACUGUCACCCCACCUCCAUUGUAAUAAGGCUUUCUAUUGUAGCCAGCAAAAGGCUUAUCUGAAGCCUAAUCGUGGUGCUGGCUCUCUGCAGCUGUCAAACUUCACACACCAAAAAAUGCCCCUUUGCACUGCAAGUAAACUUGGGAAAAGGCAUUCUGUGGUUCACAGCAGAAGUCUUCUUUCAAACCUAAUUUUAGUGAGGGAAGGGCCAUGGGGGGGGGGGAACCCAGAAGGUAUCAAGAAGAACAUUUGCAGGUGCAGCAUAGCAAUCGGUAAGUUAUGCCAUUAUGUUAUUUGGGGGUUCUCCCCCACCCCGAAUCUUUCUGGAAUCCUUGAGCUUCCUGACAAAAAUAGUAGUGUUGCCCUUGUGAAGUUUGGGAAAAAAUUAUUGUCAGCUUUAAAAAGCUUAAUUGCUUGAAACAGAUGUAUGUUUAAUUUUUUAAAAUAAUCCAAACUAAAAUGGGGGGGACGGGACUCUGAAUGAGAUCAGUUGAAGAAUCUGUGGCUAUACUAGUACAACAGGCUAUACUAGUACAACAUUGUUCUGAGAUUAAUGAGUCAGAAUGUGCUCUUUUAAAACCUGAUUCACUUAUUAAAAAUGUAAGAGGACAAAAGAGGAAGUUCAUGCAAAUUGCAGUGCCUUAGUAAUACUAAAAAUGUCAUACUUAGAAGAUCUGCAUUUUUUUCUGGGGCACUUUUAAAUAUUUCCUUUGGGAUGUGAAUGGAACUACCAAACUAAGCUGAUACUCUGACAGGAAAAGCCUUUUUUGUUUUGUUUUUAUGAUACAAGUUGUGUGUUUUUAGUUAAUUGUGUGUCCUGUUUUCAUCAAGACCUUGAGUGAUACCAGUUCUGAAAGUGUUAGAAUGAUGUGUUCUGUCUUAUGGAUGAAAGGGAUAGUUAUUGCAGCAAGGAACUGACAUAUUGCUGCUCUGAAACUGAAUACCAGAGGUGUGUGUUUGGAACAUCUCCCUUUUAAGGGGAAAUAUUUUCAUGGCUGGUCAGUUAAUAGAUAAAUGCUCUUAUAUCUGCAUCAGCUAGUUUGUGAAAAAACUGUCAGGAAUAAUGCUUUGCAAGAACUAAUGUCAUUUGGAAAGGCAGUGUAGCUGUGAAAAUAAUCAAAUUUUCAUAAGGCAGCUUUUAUUAUAUUACUUAGCAUAUUACAUUAUUGGUGUUUGCAGUGUGCAGCUUUUGUCAUAGUGCAUGUGUUAAAUGUACAAAGCAAUUGUAUGCCAAAUUUGUUAAAAUUGUAGAUAAGUCUUUGUGUGCCUUGUUUUAUUAGUUGUAAAAGCUGUAAUUGGAAUAUUUCUCAGAUUCAUGUGGCCCCAUUAAAUUAAACCUUCGUUUUUAAUAGUUUUAACAUUCAAAGGCAAGGGAAAUAUGAAAAAUGGCAGUAUCAAAAUAAAUUAUCCCACAUGCUUAGGAUUUAUUUUCACUUCUUUUAAUCCCUCCUUAUUACCCCUCCCCCUCACAACUAACCACUUCGUUGGACAAAAUCCUGUCCUCCCAUCACACCAUUCACCCUCAAUUCCAAUAUUGCAAUAGUUCAGUGUGGGAAUAUUACAGCAAAAAUACCCUCUCAAAAGUCUCCUUUCUUCUUGAAAGCUUUAAGUAAGGUAUGCUCCCACUUACCCAUCAGUUGAUGGGUGGGAACACACCUUCAAAUGCUCCCCAUUUCUUCAAUCUACAGUGGUUUGAAGGAGUUGAAGAUGUGUAGCUCAAUGAAAGAAAAAUCUGGGAGCUUUAAGUUCCUGAUUGUUCCUUUGAAGUCCCACCCUUACUUGCCCUACACUGGACAACAGCUAAUAUUUUAUCUCAAGUAUAUCUUAAAUUUAAGUUAACAUUUCUCUUAACAUGUAUAGUGUGACCUGCUCAUUUUUAACUACAAGUGACAGGGUUAUAAAGACAAUAAUCAGUUUUUACACUUUCCUAGAUACAGUUACCUUAAUUUCAUUGGGUAAAUUGAUAAAAUAAUUGGUUUUAAAAACACCUUUAAAAACUCCUUUAAAAAGCUCGUUAAAACAUGAUUAUAAAAUUGUGUUGUUUGUGAGGCUCCGGGGCCAGCUGCCUCACCUGUCGCUAUGUUUCUUCUACUCUCUAGCCGAUUCCUUUGUGUAAAUUAUUAAACUAAAAUGUCAAAAACCAUAUUGUAUAUUAGAUGUAUUGUAUAACUUUUACACAGUUAAUAAAUCAUGUCCAAUUUCCCUAAUCCGCCCCCAUUGUAUAGUAUAUACCUAAGAGUAUAUUCCCACAUUGAACUUGAAAGACAGUGAAGAGGAUCCAGCAGAUUUUCAAAUUUGGCAUAGAAAUUUGGUUUUCUUUGUGCAAAAUUGGGGUUUGAAACAUUUUAUAUCAUGCCUUAUGAUCUAGAAGACUGACCAAACUUCCUAAAAUCCAUACAACAUUCAAAAGGAAAGAAUCAAAACUUAUGAAAACACCAAAGAGGAGACACAAUUUGGGCGCGAAGAAACUAGGCAGAAAACAAGCUAGCAGAAACCUCUGUUCUGUGGACUGCUAUGAACACUGAGGCUUUUAACCCUCACUUUUUUCAAGUGCAGCUUCAGCCCUACAGUGUUAUUCACCAAAAUGAACAGGACCCUGAUUUAAUUGUAAAUAAAAGUUAAAACCCUACUCUUGAAAAUUGUUCAUGAGAAUUUGCAGUGAAGCAAAUAGGUAUCAUUUUCCUGAAAUACAAGGCAUUAUGUGAACUGGGCUUGGAGGCAUGUAAAAGGUCACAGUAAGAUAAAACUAUGUGAAAUAUGCAGUUUUGGCACUUCAUUGUGCAUAUUUUAUAGACAAUAGUUUCCCCCCUGCACGUAUUUUAUAAGCCUUUUUAGACGUUCCAUGCUGAAGACAAAAUAAAUAUCUUAGUUGAGAUAAGUAAAAGUAUUGUUUUAAAGCAUUUUUAUCAGUUGAGAAGUCUCUAAAUAAAAGCAAGACAGUCUCUGCCCACAAGCUAACAUUCCAAAAGACAGACAGGACCUUCAUAGGCACAUGAGGACUCACAUUUACAGAGGGCCAUCUCGGUGGCUGCUCCCAAAGUGUGCCCCCCCCUUCCACUGGGUGUUGUGGUAGGGUCUUCCGAGCAUGAGUGCUGUGCAUUUUUUCUCUCUUUUGACAUUGUAACUUAAAUGGCUUUCAGUGUUGCUUUUAAUAGGGUUACACUAUAUAUCCAGGCAUCCUUCCACUUAUGCGUGUUCUACUCUUGUGCAACCAUGUAUACAUGCUGCGCUGGGGAAUGAAAUGAAAAAUGAAUGAAUGUGUAAGCAAGCAAAUAAAUAAAAUAAAAUCUUACCAGGAAAUGGUGGGAGAGAGCUGGAGACUUCUUGUGACUCAUGAGCCCAAAGAGGAUGCCAAUGAGAGCGGAGGAAGCCCCAAAGAGACCUGAGGCACAGUGGUGCUUUGUUUAGACUGCUCAGCAUCCCUGUCUUAACAGCUGACGUGUGGGGUAGGGCAACAGCACCAGCUGCUUCCUCACUCGUCCUCCAGUCUUUAGCUGACCCCAGAGCUUAAGAGCUCUGGUUGAAGAGAUAGUUAUGUGAAGAGAGAGAGCUGGAGAGCGUGGAAAGCAUGAUUUCACUUAUGUGCAUGGGGGACCAGAACAUAACUCCUGCAGAAAUGGGGAGAUGGAUGUAUGUAUCAAGGGGGAAAGCCUUGAACUAGUCCAUUGUCCAAAUCCACACUCUUACCGCCUGACUGACAGAAUGGGAGAAAAUAGAAUGAUUGACACAAAGUUUGGGGCUGGGAGCAAUAGGUUAUUGCUGGUAAAAAUAGCAGUACUUGGUUAUCACAGUUUUGUUCAUCUUGGAUGAGCACUCAAUGAGUGAUGAGCUUGAGAAAGACACAUCAGCUUUCCAAGAGCUUGCAGCUUUCUCAAAUUUAUUUAAUUCAAUACAAAAUGCUGCUUAGUCACUUCCUGGUAGAGUUCCCCAGAAGUGUGUACUGGCUUGAUAAAGGCCUAAGAGAUGCUUACUUGCAGCUGAUAGCAUCUGAGGGCACCCAGAAGGAAGUAACCAAGAGCUGCAAACUAAUUUACUUUGUGGGUACCAGAAAGCUGACUUGGACCAGAGAUACGGAACGUGCUCGUAACAUAGUAUUUAUCUUAUGAAUGAAACUGUUUACAGUUCUUAUGUGAUUUCUUGCUACAGCCCAGGAGGCAAGUUUUUAGUUCAUUUUGCAUUGUCACCACACAUUCUUUGAUGUCUAUUUCUAUUCAGCUCAGAUUCCUGAUAAUUUGACCAACAGCAACAUCAUAGAGUUCCUUGAUGGACUUCACUGUUUGAUUACUUUAAGCACUGUUCAUUUAUUGUUAAGUUAUGCUUCUUGUUUUAACCAUUGUCAAAUUUUUUGACAGAUGAAGUUUAUUUUUUUAAAAAAAUUAUUUUUAUUAAAGUUUUAAACAACAAAGAAAACACACCAAAAGUAAUACAAAACUCAACAAUAAAAAACAAACAAAAAACAUAACAAUUAAAAACAAACUCUCUUUUCCAUUUCCAUUUUUAGAUUACUUAUUUUCUGGACUUUCUCAUACCUCCCUCUUUUGUAUUCCAAUCCAAAUUAUUUGUCCAGCAGUUUCUUUUCCACUUUUUUAAUCCCAAUCUUUAAUUUAAUAAAAUGUUAAAAUAUAUAACUUCCACUUCUUUAAACCUAAUCCUUGAUCUUAAUAUCAUAUAACGUUUAAAUUUUCCCUUUUAAUAUCAAAUUUCCAUUUCUUUAAACAUCUUUAAUCUUGAUCUUUAAUCUUAAUCUAUCAUUGACUUUAACCUGUGCAGCUGGAAACCACUUAUUUUCAGUCCAACAUCACUUUAACAUUCCUUAAUUUUGCAAUGUUUCUGAAGAUAGUCUUUGAAUUUCUUCCAGUCUUCCUCCAUCGACUCUUCUCCCUGGUCACGGAUUCUACCAGUCAUUUCCGCCAGUUCCAUAUAGUCCAUAAGUUUCAUCUGCCAUUCCUCCAGUGUGGGAAGUUCUUGUGUCUUCCAAUACUUUGCAAUAAGUAUUCUUGCUGCUGUUGUUGCAUACAUAAAGAAAGUUCUAUCCUUUUUUACCACCAUUUGGCCGACUAUGCCCAGGAGAAAGGCCUCUGGUUUCUUAGGGAAGGUAUACUUAAAUACCUUUUUAAAUUCAUUAUAUAUCAUUUCCCAGAAGUUUAUAAUAUGAUCACAUAUGCCUAUAUUUAGAGGUAGAUGAGGUAGGGCUUUCCCCUUAAAACCCUCCAGUAAUGGUUCUUCCUCAGUAGUGGAUUUUGUUUGUUCGUUUGUUUUAGUUAGUUUUUACUUUUAAAGAUUUCAGCCUUCAAAUUACCCAGCUCAGCUACUUGGCAAAUGUGAAUUCCUGGAACCCUUUUUUAGAAUAUUGAUGUUACAUCAAUGUAUUCCAAUUCUGUAGUAACGAGGCUGGUUUUAGCAAUAAGCCACAUAUUUUAGUCCACAGAUAAUUUUCACAUUUGAAUAUUUUUACGAACAUCUAGAUAGAUAGAUGCCAAUUUUGGUGACUUGUUUCUUUUUAAUAUUCAUUGCUUCUAAAGCUCAUUUUUGUCACCUAAUUAUGAAGAUAUGCUCCCAAUAUCUGCUGCAGUGAAGACCGGUGGAAAUAUUCCAUCUACCUGCUUACUCCUUUGUUAUAGUUUUUCUGGUUGGGUUCAUGUUUCCAAUAUUUGUGUUCUCUUUAUUCAAGACCCCCAGUUUUUAAAAGAAACCUGGUUUUUGGUGGAGGGUUUUUAAACAUUUUCUUUGACUCUGCCAUUCACCCAUGAUUUCAUUCUUUUGGACUUGCUUGUGUGUCCCUGUCCUCCCCCCCCCCCUUAGGUGUUUUAUAUGCAAUAUUUAAAACUCAUUAUAGUGGUUUCAAAUAAUGACCACAUUUUCUGAAGUAGAACCAUCUCCAAAAUUCACUCUGUAGAAUCUGUUCUACGUUCCUGAGAUUCCAGCUUGCAAGCUUACCUAGCUGCACUGGUAGGUUGAAUCAAACCACCAUUUAAAUUACCCACAAUUCUCUGGAGCAACACUAGGUUGAACAUUCCAGGGCACUGUAGGGAAUGUAAUCAGUUGCUUUGUACAGGGGAUCUAUCAGCACUGUUGGGCUCUUGACAGCUGCUUGAGGAUGCUGAUGCUUGCCCUGUCCUGAAAGGAAAUAUGCCUGGCCUGGAUUUCCUUCAGUUUUCCACUUGUAUAUAAGUCUGAUUUGAAAGUCUGAUGCAUUGUUUUGAGAGGUUGAAAUUGAGGUUACAGUUGUGGAUGUGUUAAUGAUAGAUCCUGUAUUCUACUAUAUGUGACCAGUGGUGCAUAGUAUGAGAUCUUGAUUUUUAUCUUUUAAGAACUUUCAAAUAUUUUUUGUUGAUUUUCAAUCUCCCCUUACUCUAUUCCACUCAGAUUCUAUUAAGGGGGAUAGAUUUGGAGCCCUUUGGGUGCAGGACCUGGAAUGCUCUCACCAGUAUAAUGCUACCUACCCACUAAGCAGAGAUGGUUGGGGGUGGACAUUUUAUUUUUAUUUUCUGCACUCAGGUUGAUACUCUGCAAUUUGCAGCAAUGUAUGUUCUCUUGGGGUAGGAUUCACCUAAUACCUUCCAUCAUCCGAAGACCUGAGCAAGGAAUUCUUGCACAACAGGUCUUUCCCCCCUAUCCUUCCCUGUCCCUUCUGAAAUUGGCUUGGGGCAGGCAGGAGAACCCCCAGAAUAGCAUGCUGGGAGAGGAGAGAGGGGAUCAUUCAAUCUGGCAAGCUGCAAUGCUAAUGCAGAUGGAAUGUUGGUAAUAGUGUGACAUUGAAUUCCACCCUUGGUUUCUCUGACAGUGAUUGCCAGGUUCUUUGAAGUACAAGGCUGCUGUGCCUUUAAUAGUCACAUAACUGGGAAUUAAAUUUUCCCCACCUCUAUAGCAUAUGAGGAGAAAAGUGCUGCCAUAUAGGAUUAAUUGGGAAAUGAUUUGUUUGUUCACAUGGUUAGAAUAAAUUAUGAUUCUGCCAUAAGAAUUUUCACAAUAGUACUUCAGAUUUUGAAAAUAUAUUUUCAUUCUUUCCACCCUGACUAGUGGGGGUUUCUUACAGAGAAAGCUUUACAAAGGUGUGUAAUUAGGAGGCAGUUGAGUCUUGAUGCUUAUCUUUACGUGACCAUAUUGCCAAUCACUCCUCUAAUUGGUAAUGUGAGUUCAUCUGAAUACAGCUACUGUCAAUGUUGUCAACUGAGUGGUUAAACUUGCAUGCAAAUGCAUAUGCAACUGGUUGAUAUGAAAAGGCCCUAGUUAAAUUUCUUAAGAAAUUAUCUGCCUGUACAAAGCUCUUCACCUGACUACUAGUAAUUAUCUAUAAGUAGUCUGAGUAGAAGUAUCAAUUUUGAAAUUCUGAAUUCUGGAUAGUACUAUAAUGUGUGCUUCUACAUAUGAAUGCCUCAUAAAUAUUUCCCAAGAGCAAUUUAUUUUUCUAAUUAGCUGGAAGAGUCUCACUUUUUUUUUUUACACAUUGCUUCAAGCAGUUUUGAAUAAAUCAAUUCAAACACACAGCUGUUGUUCAAAACUUCACUUAAGUUGCUGUAAUUCUGAAUAGCUUAUUAGGAAUGCUUCCUAACUAGUCGAUUUAAUAAUACCAUUUACAACAUGGUCAUAAAAUAAAUUAAACCAGUCUCUAAACUUAAUGGAUAAAAUAGAGAAAGGGAAAUUGUCAGGGUCUCUGCUUGUUUUGAUAAUAGACAUUGCAAUAUUCAUGGCUUAUACAGAAUAUAACUUAUACGAAGAAAUUACUCUUGUCAAUUUUCUGAAACAUACCAUUUAGGAGGAUAAAAGAAUAUAAAUGUUAAAAAGAGGAGCAGAUUUUUAAAAUAGCUUCAACAAUGUUAUAGGGCAUGGUGUGAAGGCCCAUGUUUUAGCAACCUUGCUGAUGCUAUGCAGAUCUGGAUCUGGUCAAUGCCUGGAUAGGAGACCACUUGGUAACCUUAUGUAUACCAUCAUGAGCAGCAGAAAAGAUGCCCAGCCAGAAUUAUUUACCUUCACGUCAUAGGUUUGUGUGGAUGUCUUUAAUAAAAUGUGUGUUUUAAAGAGCCCAGAUACAGAUGUGUAAUCUCAAAAUGCUCAGAGUGCUGAGACUAUGACAGACACAAUUGCAGAACAUGGACUUCUUUCUGUGCUGGUGAACAGGAUCAACAACCUGCUUCCGCUAGGUAGAAUAUGAGCUGCAGAAAGCUGCCUGUAGUCUCAAGCAAAGUCCUCUACUUUUGUAAAUCAAGGGAGGGGGUGUCCUUGGCCAAAGUAAUAGAAGUGGUCAGAUAACUGGUCUGAUAACCUUAUGCUUUGGGGUGGGGGGGAGAUGAGCUGAAUUAUGUGCAUGGUUGCUAGGCCUUCAGCAGCUACAGAAGAUUAUCAGAUUCUCAGCCUAUACAGGUUGAAGCUAGUUGGAAAAUUUAUUCUACUGCUCCACUGUUGUCAUCUCCUUCUUUCUUUUAAAGUAACAGAGGUAACCAGAAUAACCAUUCCUGCCUAUUUUCUCUGUGCAUGAGCAGCCUGGAUGUGAGGGUGGUAGCUGAGUAGCCUUUUGUUUGAAGCAGGGUUUGCCUUGACCUCUUGAUGAGGUUCUAAAAUUUGUCAUCAACCCCAACCCAAAUUCUUAAGAAUGUAAAUAAAAUAGUCAACAAAUAUCAAUAUAUAAUCAACAUUUAUUUAUCAUCAAUCCUUACUAGGAAUAAUAAAAUGUAAAAGACAAGGAAGCAAAACAAGUGAAAAUAAUAGCAGUUGUUGACUAAAUUAUUCGACUAUCUCAUAUUGUUGUUGUUUAGUCGUGUCUGACUCUUCGUGACCCCAUGGACCAGCGCACGCCAGGCACUCCUGUCUUCCACUGCCUCCUGCAGUUUGGUCAAACUCAUGUUGGUAGCUUCGAGAACACUGUCCAACCAUCUCGUCCUCUGUCGUCCCCUUCUCCUUGUGCCCUCAAUCUUUCCCAACACCAGGUUCUUUUCCAGGGAGUCUACUCUUCUCAUGAGGUGGCCAAAGUAUUGGAGCCUAAGCUUUAGGGUCUGUCCUUCCAGUGAACACUCAGGGCUGAUUUACUUAAUAUCUCAUAUUAAGCUUUACUGAAAAUGAAGUUGGGGAACACAAUGAUACUUACAUGAAGUUUUAAAAUUUUCUUUGACAGAACGUGACACACAAUGCCUACUGA